GCCGCCACCAGUCUCACUCCGACCAUUUCGCUGGUCGUGCGUGCAAAUCGAACUGCGUCGCUACGUUCCGUUCUCCGAGUGUCAGUUAGCUCCAGCUCUGGAGCGCCGUAGGUGCAGUGUUGUGAUAGUGUGUUUUUAGUCAUACAGACGGAUAGUGUAUCACUACAAAGUACCACUGUCGACGGUGCGCGGCCGUUCCACGGAGUUACCUAACGGCUGUUCGCCUUGCGAGGGAAGGCGGAUCGCUUGCACCGGGAGGAAUGAGCCCCGUACAUUACUGCUCCCGCACUCACCGAUGAUCUCAAGAGACCAUGUAUAUAGAAACCUUACCGCUCGUGGUUUGGACGCUCAUAGUAACAUCAACGCAUGUAGCGACGCAAAACCAAUAUGGAAUAGGUUUAGGAAUAAAACGAGAAAUAUUCUUCUUAAAUUUAGAAAACGGUUACUUCGGUUGCCAAGCAAACGAAUCAACACAUAUAUUACAAUUAUAUGAAUUAUCUAAAUUAUGCGACGGUGUGCCGGACUGUUAUAAGGCAUCCGAUGAACUUCGAACAGAAUUAAAAUGUUCAGAUGAUUGUACCAAAGAUGACGGAUCGCGAUGUAUAAACGGCGCCUGCCUCAGCGGAGUAUGUUAUUGUAACGAUGGUUUCGGCGGAUGCAACUGCCAAGAGCCUGACGUUAAUGAGUGCAAGAACCGGCCGUGUGACGUAUUUGCUCACUGUACAAACACUGUAGGCAGUUUUCAAUGUUCAUGCUUUCCUGGAUAUGUGGGUGAUGGUUUCUCGUGUAAAGAUAUAAAUGAGUGUGAAGAUCCAGUAAUAGCUUCAAGAUGUGUAAAAAAUGCUGAAUGUUGUAAUUUGCCCGCUCAUUUUAUUUGCAAAUGUAACCGAGGUUUUGAGGGGGACGGAGAGGAGGAAUGUCGAGAUAUCGACGAAUGCCAAUGGCCGGGUGUUUGUGGUGCUAAUGCAAUAUGUCAAAACUAUCCAGGGAACUACACUUGCGCUUGUAAAGCUGGAUACACAGGAAACGCUUUUGAUGGCUGUGUAGAUUUGAAUGAAUGUAUUAAUGGAGAUGCUUGUGGUCCUGGUGCCAUUUGCCGCAACGUUGAAGGGGGAUACGAGUGCAGCUGUCCGCCAGGUUACGAGGGUGACCCGCGCGUCGCCUGUCACGACCAAGACGCGUGCAAACGAGCUACUUGCGGCCGCUCUGCACUUUGUGAAAAUCUACCUGGCGCUUACCGUUGCAUUUGCCCACCAGGGUUCGAAGGCGAUCCGAACGUUCAGUGUACUGACUUGGAUGAAUGUAACAGUAGCCAUACCGUGUGCGGAGAACAUGCCAUCUGCACCAACACUAUUGGCAGCUACGUAUGUAAUUGCAAGCCCGAGUACACUGGCGAUGCACAAACUCCCAAUGGUUGUCGAGAUGUUAAUGAAUGUGAAAUACUGGAGCAUCCUUGCGGAAUGCAUGCCAUUUGUGAGAACACUGAUCCUGGAUAUAACUGCAAAUGUCCGCAAGGCUUUAGAGCGAAACCUGAUGCUCAAAUUGCGUGUGAACAGAUGGAUGUAAAUACGCUGUGUAAAUCAAACUUUGAUUGCACGAAUAAUGCUGAAUGUAUAGAUGGACAAUGUUUUUGUAAGAAUGGUUUUGAUGCCAAAGGUUCUAUCUGUAUUGACGUCGACGAAUGCAGUAACAGUUCUCAAUGUGGAGACAAUGCCUUUUGUUUGAAUAUACCGGGCAGUUUUAAAUGUGAAUGUAGCGUUGGCUAUAUUGGAUCUCCACCACAUUCGAUAUGUCGAGCGCCAUGCGAAGAUGUACAGUGUGGUGAACAUUCUUAUUGUAAGCUAGAUGGUUCUGACGUGUACUGCGUUUGUGAAGAAGGCUGGACGUUCGACCCUAAUGAUAUUUCAGCUGGUUGUAUUGACAUUGAUGAAUGUAACGAUUCAAUUGGAUAUUCAGGACGGUGUGGACUCAAUGCACGAUGCCUGAAUACUUUAGGAAGUUUCACUUGCAAUUGUCCCGAAGGUUACACUGGUGACUCUCACAAAGAAUGCGUUGAUAUCAAUGAAUGUAGUAACGAGAAUACAUGUGGAGUAGGAGCUCACUGUCUUAACCGACCAGGCAGUUUCACUUGUGAAUGUCCCGACGGAACUUUACCAGACCCAGAGCCUUUUGUAAAAUGUUCUGAAAUACUUACUUGUAAAUAUGACAAAGAUUGUCCUGGCAAUGCUCUUUGUGACGAAAAUAGAAAAUGUGUAUGUCCAGAGCCAAAUAUUGGAAAUGAAUGUAGACAUCCAUGCGAAAACUUAAAUUGUGGAAGUAAUUCAGAGUGUCUUCUGAACAAUCAAGUUGCUCAAUGCAUAUGCCGCAGUGGAUUUACAGGAGAUCCAUUAUCUUCAAUUGGUUGUCAAGAUAUUAAUGAAUGUGACGUAAACCCAUGUUCAAUGGGUGCUGUUUGCAAAAAUCUACCAGGACAUUUUCAAUGUGAAUGUCCCGGUAAUUUCACUGGAGAUCCUUAUUUAAAUGGGUGUAUUGUUAGCAAAACACCAAGCGAAUGUAGUAAUGUUAACCCAUGCCCUUAUGGUGAGCAGUGUAUUUUACAUGAAGGGGAAAAUGUUUGUAUUUGCUCACAAGGAUUUUCACGCAAUAAAGAAAACAAUUUAUGUGAAGAUAUAAAUGAGUGCACCCAACUUGGACGGACUCCAUGUGGAUUAAAUGCUAUAUGUAAAAAUUUACCCGGCAGCUACGAGUGUAAAUGCCCCCCAGAAUAUAGCGGCAAUCCGUAUAAUUUAUGUGAACUUUGUGAUGACAUAAGUUGUCAAUGUCAACCACCGUAUAAACUCGUCGAUGGAAACUGCGUUUUGUCUGGUUGUUCAAGUGAUAGAAAAUGUGGAAAAGGAGCUGAAUGUAUUAUAAUAUCAGCCGGUGUUAGUUAUUGUGCCUGUCCAUCUGGCUUUACCCAAAACGUUGAUGGCUCUUGCGAAGACAUAAAUGAAUGCACAUUUGGUCAACCAGUUUGUGGUUUCGGAGCAGAAUGCAUAAAUACCGUCGGAUCAUAUACUUGUAAAUGCCCACCCGGUUACGGAAAGGAUAUGAUAUCUGGACAUUGCAGUCUCAAUCAGAAGAAGUGUAUAAGUGAUUCUGAUUGUUUUGCUAAUGAAAAAUGUGUACAGCCAGGUAACUGCGUGUGUCCUCCGCCAUUCUAUUUAGAUGUAACAGACGGACAAAAAUGCAAAACACCUUGCGAAAGAUUUGUCUGUGGUAUCAAUGCUAAAUGCACACCUAGUGAUCCUCCUAAAUGUAUGUGUAUGCCUGGCUUUGAAGGAGAUCCAUAUACUGGUUGUACGAAUAGAAAUGAAUGUCACAGUGCACCUUGUGGAUACGGUGCGAUUUGUCAUGAUGAGGUUGGAGGUUACAAAUGUACUUGUCCACAAAAUAUGAUCGGCGAUCCAUACAAAUCAGGAUGUACCGUCGAAGAAGGAACGUCUCAAAGGCAGCUAUGUAGUGAAAACAGUCAAUGUCCUAACAAUCUAGCGUGUUUAAACCGCACGUGUGCUUCUCCGUGUGUUACAAUUUCUUGUGGUCCUAAUGCAUUCUGUGAAGUCGAAAAUCAUGCUCCCUGGUGUCGGUGCAAUCCUGGAUAUACAAAACCUGAAGGAGGAAAAUGCAUAUCUGGUUGUGACAACUAUUCUUGUGCCUCAGCUGCUCAAUGUAUAAUAUCAAAAACCGGACCAACAUGUGUCUGUCCAGAAGGAAUGGUUGGAAAUCCAUUCCCUGGUGGAGCUUGCAGGCGAGAUAUUUGUGGGCCAGGACUGGCUUGUGACGAACCUUUAACUUGUAUAGCUGGAAGAUGUCGACAACGUUGUGAAACAGUUUUUUGUGGAAUAGGUGCAUCGUGUGAUGAAAACAGCGGUCAAUGUGUUUGCAAUACUUAUUUUGUAGGAAAUCCAGAUUUAUUAUGUAUGCCACCUGUGGCCCCACCAAAUUGUGAGCCCGAGUGUAGUGAGAAUGCACAUUGCGUUUAUGGCCAAACUAACAUGUGCAAGUGCGACAAAGGAUAUACUGGAAAUCCAUAUGUAAAAUGUCUACCACGAAAACGAAUAACUUGUGCAACUGCUUCUUGUGGAACCAAUGCAGUUUGUCAACAAACCAAAUCUCACGUUGAAUGUUUGUGUCCGCCGGGCUAUGUGGGUAAUCCAAAUUUACAAUGUAUAGAUAUAGAUGAAUGCAGCUCGAGACCGUGUGCUGAAAAUGCAAUUUGUAUCAAUACCCCAGGAAGCUAUAGCUGUAUCUGCAAGAGUAAAUAUAUUGGAAAUCCAUACGAAUUAUGCACACAAGUAUCAAUGUCUAAGUGUAUCGAUGGUUCCGUUUGUUCAUGUUCUCGCAACGCAACAUGUCCUGAAGGACUUAUUUGCGAAAAUUCUAGAUGUGUUGAUGUCUGCCAGUCUAUUAUAUGCGGCCCUAAUUCGAUCUGUGAAGAAGGCCGAUGUGUAUGUCUACAGAGUUAUACUGGAAAUCCACAUGAUAUGAUUCAUGGAUGCAGUCUUGACAAUAAAUGCAUUACAGAUAUUGAUUGUAAAAAUUCAGAAAUAUGUUUCCAAUUAGGAAAAAGUAUUCGUAAAUGUGUAGAUGUAUGUACCAAAAUUCAAUGUGGUCCAAAUUCACAUUGUGUUAGUACUAAUCACCAAGCUCAUUGUAUUUGCGCUGAAGGAUACGUGGGUAAGCCCGAAGAUGUUAAGUCAGGAUGUCACUUGCAACAAAGAGAACCUAAUCAUGAAUGUAACUCAGAUAGUGACUGCGAUGCGCCACAAAUUUGCUUGGUAAUAGAUGGAAGCAAUAACAGAUGCAUCGAUUUAUGCUCUACUAUCGCUUGUAGUUCGAAUGAGAACUGUAAAAUCGUAGACAGCGUUGCUCAUUGUGAUUGUAAAAGUGGGUUCAUUUGGAAUCCAAUAAGUUCAACGUGUGAGCAACCAACAACACCAAAUUGUGAAAAGGAUAACGAUUGUGACGACAAUAAGUCAUGUGAAACAGAUGUACUUGGUGUAAAAAAAUGUAUAGACAUGUGUGCCCUAUUCACAUGUCCGCAAAACUCAAGGUGUUUAACACAGCAACACAAAAGCCAAUGCCAGUGCUUAGCAGGUUUUAUAGGAAAUCCAAAUGACCGCGACGGUUGCUCACUUGUUGAUAAAAAUGAAUGUAAUAACGACGUUGAGUGUAAAGAAAAUGAUGUAUGUAAAGAUAUCGGAAGCUUAAAAAAAUGUGUCCCGGCUUGUCAACAAAAAGUUUGUGGACCAAAUGCUAUUUGUGUCGCUAAUAAUCACGUAGCCAAGUGUCAAUGUCCAUUAGGUCCUUUUACAGGAAAUCCAGAAGAUCCCGAGAAGGGAUGCGAAUCAGUUCCAUGUGUAUAUAAUGUUGACUGCAAUCCUCAUGAACUGUGUAAUCGUUUUACGUACAAAUGUAUAAACGUUUGUUCGGAAGAUAGUUGCGGAGAGAAUGCCGUAUGCAUAGCAGAUAAUCACAAAUUCAAAUGUCAAUGUUUAUCUGGAUAUUUUCCUGAUCCAUUACCUGAAAUUGGUUGUAGAAAAACGGAACUUUGUAAUCCAAACCCUUGUCAUCAAACUGCUAUAUGUGAACCGCGGUCAUCUACUUAUAUUUGCAAGUGUCCUCCUGGCCUCGUUGGUGAUCCUAUACAAGAUGGUUGUAGAAAACAAGGAGAUUGCCCAAAUGGUGAUAUAGACUGCUUAGCCGAUUCUAUUUGUAUUAAAGGAAGAUGUGUAAAUCUAUGUGAAGGAGCAUGUGGCGUUAAUACCUUAUGUAACGUUGUAAGCAAAAAAGCAAUAUGUUCAUGUGCCGACGGUUUUGAAAGCACGCCAGAUGAAAGAUCUUGUAAGAAAAAAGUUAUAUCAUGUAGAAAUGAAAUAGACUGUGACAAUGAUGUUUGCCACAAUGGCCAAUGCUUUUCAGCGUGUACGAAUUCUAGUCAUUGUGACCUUGGGGAAGAAUGUGUUAAAAAUUACUGUGUAACUAAAUGUCAAAAACAUGCUCAGUGCAGCAUUGGUCAGGCUUGUGUUGAAGGUCAAUGUUUAAUAGGUUGUAGAACCAAUGAAGACUGUCCCAUUGAAGAGGCGUGUAUUAAUAAUAAAUGUAAGAAUCCUUGUUCAACGACAAGAGUUUGUGGUCCAAAUGCUAUAUGUUCAAGAAUCAAUCACAGCACAAAAUGUGAAUGUCCUGAAGGAUUCGAAGGAUCUCCGACACCACAACAAGGUUGUGUACGAAAACCAGCAAGUUGUAGUAAAACAUCUCAGUGCCCACCUGAUCACAUGUGUAUUGGUUUCCUUUGUCAAGUUCCCUGUCAAGAUAACUCUAACUGUGCAAUGGGAGAAAAGUGUAAUGAUAACAAAUGUCACAAAAUAUGUCACACUAGUAGUAAUUGCUUACACGGAGAACACUGUAGUGCUGGAGUAUGUAUUCCUGGUUGUAAAACUAACUCUGAUUGUCCCAAUAAUCAGCUUUGCGUUUCAAAAGAGUGUAAAUGUGCUCCAGGUUUUGACAUGAUAAAUAGCGAAUGUUUGAAUCUUGAUGAAUGUCUUAAUAAUCCAUGCCAUCCUACGGCUCAGUGUAUAGACACGGAAGGAUCUUUUAAAUGUAUAUGUCCUACAGGCGCUAUUGGCGAUCCUUAUAAAUCUGGUUGUUUGCUACCAAAUCAAUGUAGGCAGGAUAGCCAAUGUGAUAAUUCUUUAGCUUGUAUCAAAGGGAAGUGUUCAAAUCCCUGUGACACAAACGCCUGUGGAAUUAAUGCCGUUUGCCAAGUUAAUUAUCAUAGAACAACAUGUACCUGUGAAUUAGGGCAUCUAGGAAAUCCAUUUGAUAAAAAUAUUGGUUGCUAUAAAGUUGAGUGUAUUACUGACUCUGAUUGUUCUGAUGAUAAAUAUUGUAAUUCUCAAAGUAAUAAAUGUUCUGAAAAAUGUGAUGAUUUUGCAUGUCAAGGAGGUAUCUGUAAAAUUGAAAAUCACAAAGAAGUAUGUGCUUGUUCAUCAGGAUUUGAAUUGAUCAAUAAUAAAUGUGCAGAUAUAAAUGAAUGCAUUAAUAAUCCCUGUCCUUUAAAUGCAAAAUGUGAUAAUACUAUGGGUUCGUUUAAAUGCAAUUGCGUAAAUGGAACGAUAAAAGACCUCAACAGUGGCACUUGUAAAAUGCCUGGAGAAUGUCUAACAGAUUAUGAUUGUUCUGAACAAACAACAUGUAAUGAAAAUCAUUGUAUUAAUCCAUGUGAUAAAUCAGUCUGUGGUGUAAAUGCUGUUUGUGCAGUGUCUAAACAUAAACCUCUAUGUGAAUGUGAAUCAGACAGUCAAGGAGAUCCGUACAAGAAGUGUACCAAGUUUGAAUGUGUCCAAGAUUCUGAUUGUUCAACCGAAGAAGCAUGUUCUAAUAAUGUCUGUAUUAACUCGUGCAACUUACCACGUGCUUGUGGCAAAAACACCAACUGCUUAUCAAAAGCUCACGUCGGAUACUGUUCUUGUAAAUCAGGUUAUACAGGUGAUCCUGUACUUGGGUGUGUUCCUAUACAAUAUUGCAAUGAUGACAGUAGAUGUUCUUCGGGUACAAUAUGUGUUGAAAACUUGUGCUUAGGUGUUUGCAAAAAUUCAAGGGAUUGUUUUGAUGAUCAAAUUUGUAUUCAGGAAGCAUGUAGACUGACCUGUAAUUCAAACGACAGCUGCCCAGACUCACAUUUUUGUACCAACAAAAUUUGUAUGAAAGAUGUUAAAUGUGUUUCGCACAAUGACUGUGCUGAAGAUGAACAGUGUGACAUAGGAUCAAAUGGAUUAUCAAAAUGCAUUAAAUUAUGUGAAAACCAACCUUGUGGUAGAAAUGCAUAUUGCUCAGGUAUUUCUCACAAAUCUGUUUGCUUAUGCAAAGAAGGGUUUCUUGGAGAUCCCGUAAAAGGAUGUGACAAAAAGGAAUGUGACACUGAUUCAAAUUGCAGCGAGGAUAAAUUUUGCGACAAUAAUAUUUGUAAAGUCGCAUGUUUGAGUAAUAAGAAUUGCGGAGAAAACUCAAUUUGUUCUUCUGAAAAACAUAAGUCUGUAUGUUAUUGUCAGCCUGGGUUUACUGGAGAUCCAGUUAAAGGAUGUACAGAAAUUGAUUGGUGUGAUUCAAGACCAUGUGGUAACGGUGCUGAAUGCAUUAACACGCGGAGCAAUGGGAAGUGCAUAUGCCCUGCCGGGACCAUUGGAGAUCCAUAUACUGAAGGAUGUCAUAAGGCUGAGGAAUGUAGAUUUAAUAGAGAUUGCCCCGUUGUUGCCCGCUGUACAAUAACAGGCAGUGUAAGAAAAUGUACAGAUGCUUGUGACAGUAUCAAAUGUGGACCUAAUGCUGAGUGCAUUGCAGCGAGACAUUCAGGUCAAUGUAAAUGUAAACCAGGAUACAUUGGAAAUGCAUCAAGUGAUAAAGGAUGCCGCCUUCAGGAAACAACAUGUAGAGAAAAGAGUGAUUGCCCAGAUCAAUUAUAUUGCCAUAGGGGUGUUUGUAAAGGAGUAUGUAUAAAUGACGAAGAGUGUGAAUUAAGUGAAAAAUGUAACAAUGGACAGUGUAUCAAUCCCUGCAAAAUGGAAAAGACUUGUGGGCUUAAUGCAAUUUGCCAAACUGAAAAUCAUAUUGUACAAUGCAGUUGUCCAUAUAGUUUUACUGGAAAUCAAGACAUCGAAUGUGUAAGAACUCCAAGACUGUGUGGUUCUGCCGGAGAAUGUGAAGAUGGGUAUGCUUGCAAAGAUUCGGCUUGUGUACCCAACUGUAAAUUAGAUGAAGAGUGCGCCAUGAACGAAAGAUGUUCUCAAGGAAGUUGCAUGCUAACAUGUCGCGUCGAUAAUGAUUGCUUCCUCGGACAUAUAUGCUUAUCCAGCAGUUGUCGAUUCGGCUGUAGACACGAUGAUGACUGUGGACAAGAAGAAGUUUGCAACAACAAUUAUUGUAAAAGUCCAUGUUCUCAAGAAAUUAACCCGUGUGGUCCAAAUGCAUUAUGUUCAGUCGAUUCCCGGAAAGCAGUCUGCUCUUGUUCAGAUGGCUUGAUAGCGAAUCCUACACCUAAUGUUGGUUGUGUCCGAACUCCAUCUUUACUUUGCCAAAUGCAUACCGAUUGUGCUAUUGGCUGGAGAUGUGAAGACGAUAGAUGCCGUCCAGCAUGUAGUAUGGACGGCCCAGAAUGCCUAGAAGGGGAACGUUGUAAUUUAGGAGUGUGUCGCUACGCUUGUACUUCGGACGAGCAUUGCUCAGAUGAUGAAGUUUGUGACGGACACUUUUGUGUCACUGGCUGCAGAUCCAAUACGCAUUGCCCAAGUAAUCUUGCCUGCAUAUCGGGUCAGUGUGUUGAUCCAUGUAUUGAGCCAGGAACAUGCGGUGCAAAUUCUUUAUGCAUCGCAGAAGACCACACUGCAAUAUGUACAUGCCCUGAAUCCUUAUCUGGCGAUCCAAAAGUUGUAUGUAAAAGAAUUCCAUCACGCUGCGAUAGUAACAAAAAUUGUCCAGAUGGCUUUAGUUGCUACGGAGAUACGUGCUACCCAGCAUGUAGAAGGGAUAAUAUAUGCUUAUCUAAUGAAAAAUGCAUACGUGGUAUAUGUAGACUUAUCUGCAAUAGUGAUGACGGGUGCAGUGAAGGACAUAUUUGCGAAAAUAGGAUGUGUAAGCAAGGUUGCCGAGACGACAACGCUUGCGAAUCAAAUCAAGCUUGUAUCAACGGACAAUGUAAAGAUCCAUGUAAUGACAUUUUGGCUUGUGGGACAUGUGCAAAGUGUAAAGUAUUAAAUCAUCGUACAUUGUGCACUUGCAAUAGUAAUUAUACAGGAAAUCCUCUGGUUGAGUGUAAGAAGAAACAAUUACCCUGUGAUGGAUUUUGCCCAUGUGAUGAUAGUGGAUAUUGUGUUGCGGUUUGCAAUGAUAAUUCAGAUUGUAGUUGUGGGGAGAAAUGUAUAGAUGGUGGAUGCAGAACACUUUGUUCCACAAGAAAUAGAUGUCCUGAGAGACAGAUAUGCGCCCAAGGAGCUUGUAUACCUGGCUGCAAUAAUAAUAGAGAUUGUGGUGACGAUAUGGUAUGCUCAUCAAAAAAAUGCGUGGAAGUAUGUAGAGAAAGUUCAUGUGGUAAAAAUGCUAUUUGUUUAGCUAGUAGACAUCGUUCUAUUUGUAGUUGUCCUAGUGGUUUUUCUGGAGAUCCUAAAAAAGAAUGUAAACCAUACGAGUGCUCAAAAAAUAGUGACUGUGAAUCAGACGAAACGUGCGAUACCAAAGGAAAGUGUAAAAAUGUAUGUUUAAAUGCUUGCGGUGCUAAUGCUAUAUGCCGGUCAGAGAAUAGAGUACCACAAUGUUCAUGUCCUCCCAACUACAUCGGAAAACCAAAAAUAGAAUGUUCAAAGCCACCUGCCGGUAGUUGUUUACGUAAUCCGUGUGGAGUUAAUGCUCGCUGUCGUGAUUUGGACGAUGGAAACUAUGAAUGCACGUGUCCUCCGGGCUGUGCUGGGAAUCCACAAAAGGAAUGUUUUUGUGGCACGAUGACACCAUGUGCGUUUAAAGCAUGUGGCACUAAUGCUCAAUGUCAAAUUGAUCACAAGAGUGAAGCGCAGUGUUACUGUCCACGCAAUUUCCCGAAUGGAGAUCCUAACAUAGAAUGUACUCUGGAACGAAGCGUUGUUGAUUGUCGAACAACUGGAUGUGGAAUCAAUGGAGAAUGCUUAAGAGAAGGAGCUGAAUUUGUAUGUCGAUGUAUUCCUGGUACAGAAGGACAGGCCGACAUCGAAUGUCACACCAGUAUCGAAUGUACGAGCGAUAAAGACUGCCCAGUAGACAAAGCGUGUUUGAGCUUACGUUGCGUCGACCCUUGCACAAUUCGAGGCGUAUGCGGAGAGGAUGCCCUGUGCGUGUCUGUGAUGCAUCGCGCGCAGUGUUCAUGUCCGCAGUGCUAUGUGGGCCAGCCCCGUUCGUCCUGUCGACUGGACCCUACGUGCAAACCCACUGCAGAUGUCAACAUGACAUUCAAUUGUUCAGACACUAAGCCAUGCCCUCUGAAACUGGCGUGUGAUUUAAAUACAAAUCAAUGCCGAAAUCCAUGUUUGGGAUAUCAGAAUUGUAGUAGAAAUCAAAAAUGUGAAGUUCGGAAUCAUGUGCCUGUUUGCGUAUGCCGCAAUGGGUUUGCACUUAAUGAAAGAGGAGAAUUGACUUGUGCCCCCGAAAACGCUGAAUGUACGAGAGACGAGCAAUGCCCAUCAAAUGCAGCUUGUCGAGAUUCGAAAUGUGUGAAUCCUUGCUUGGCAUCCAAGCAACCUAUCUGUGACAAAGGCAAACAGUGUGACGUCCUUGAACAUCGGGCACACUGCAUUUGUGUCGAAGACUGUCAUCCGACUGUGUCCAUAUGUUUAAGAGAUAACGGAUGCCCCCAAAAUUUAGCAUGCAUAAACUUCCAAUGUAAAGAUCCAUGUAAAGAGGCUUGCGGUGACGUUCCAUGUUCAGUAGAAGAUCAUCAUCCUGUAUGCAAGUUUUGUCCAAAUGGAUUUACACACGACGAAAAACAUGGCUGCAUUAAAGCGUUAGAAUGCGGAGCCCAUGAGCAGUGCGCGGUGGGGCUGGCGUGCGUGGGCGGGCGCUGCUCGGACCCGUGCGCGCGCGGCGGGCCCUGCGCCGCGGGGCAGCACUGCGCUGUCGUUGAUCAUCAGCCUGUUUGUUCAAAGGUUUGCCAAUGCCAAACUUCUGCGGAUUGUGCAAGAUAUCCUAACUCAAAAUGCGACGGGUGCAUCUGUGUACAAGGUGAACCUCCAACUCCAAAUUGUGCACACUGUCGACCAGGAGUUCCCUGUGAUCCGUUUUCGGGAGCCUGCAUGGAAAAUGAUCGACCCCUAAUAGCAAUCCCACUAACCGAAACAUACUCCACUGCAACCACAUCUACAAUAGAACUUAAAACUACUAUUUCAUUAUACGACAAUAUUGACAAAAACACAAAUACAGACUAUUAUAAUGACAUUACAACUGACGCUGGUUUCUCAAUCGUAAGUACAUUAGAUGAUGAUAAAACAUUAUUUCCUAAGGAAAUUACAACAGAGGAUUAUUCUACUGAGAGAUAUAUUCACACUACUGUGCGUCCUAUAACUUUAAAAGAUCUACUCAAUUUUGAUAAAGAACAGGCACCUGAUGAAAGUAUUGAUAACUCUGAUACAACAAAUAGGGAGUCAAUUACAACUGAUAGUACUGCAGCUUUACCAAAAGAAUUUGUAACACCAGAAAUAACACCUGGCAAUGAAGCUACUGAAUCGUCAUCAGUAAAUUAUUCUAACGAACUAGAAUUUGUUACAACAUCUGUUAAAAGUAUUACAUUAGAGCUUAAAACGACACUUGAUGAUGAUGAACUUUUAUUAAGCAGUAGUACAAUUCAUGGUGAAAGUACUCAUAAACCACAGGUUCAUCUUAAGAGAACCGAAACAAGUGGAUCACAAAAACAAGUGAAUGAAAACAAGAAUACAAAAACUCCAGAAAAUCAAAGAAAUCUGCAUAAUUAUACAAAUGAUAUUGUAAGAAUGACAGACGUAUCAAAAAGUGAGACAACAGUGCCAAUGAAUAAACUAAAUGAAACAACUACCCUUACAUUAGAUUCGCAAACAGAAAUUACAUCAGAGAGUACAAUUAACAAUAAAUUAGAUAAAAAUGAACAUCCUGUACGGAACAUUACAACUGAUACGAAGAAUAAUUUACCUGAACGAACUACAACUAUAGCUAGCCAGACUACGGAAAUAAUUGAGGAAAUAUUUGCAAGUGUAACAGAUACAUCUACUGCCCCAAGCAAUAAUAUUAAUGUUACUCUUAUUAAUGCUACUAAUAGUAAUAAUAUUCUUGACGUAUUAAGUACAACUUUAAAAUCUUCUGUAGAUAGCACAAUUAGUCAAAUGACAUAUACUACAGAGAAAACUGAAACUGACUUUCAAAAUAAAUUGUAUACAAUAACAACAACUUACCUCUCUGAUAAUAGCAAGACCGAAGAAACAUCACAUGGAACUGAAAAGUUUUAUGAAGAUACAUCAACUACACGUAAAUUAAUAAGUUUUAGUGAUAUAACUGGUUCCACAUUAUUAGAUUCAAUGCGUAGCACUUCACAAACACCUAAACUGACUACUUCUUCAGAUCUCUCUAUGAAAGAAAAAAAACAAGUGAUAUCAAAUAUACCAGAACAUAAUAAUAACUUGUCAGAGUCAUCAAUACAGAGUAGUGAUCCAAAAUAUACAACUUUAUAUACUAGCACAGAUUUAGCUGAAGAUAUAGAUUUUUCACCUACAUAUAUCCCAAAUGUAAUACAAAACAUAGACAGUAAACUAAAAACUUCUACAGAUAUAACAGAAAUUUUCAGUAUGUCCACUGAAUCUUUGGAAGCGACAACAAAUAAUGUUCAUGAUAACUUUGAGUCUGAAUCUAGUAUAACUGUAACUGAUAACAUAUUUUUGGAGACGAACACAAAAGCUGAUAUAAAUACAAAUGACAGUACGACAACGUUUUCUCACCAAAACAAAAGUACGACGAAUGUAACUCCUCUCGAUUUAUCUGCUAUCGGAGAAACUUCCAGAAGUACUACAGUUCCAGAUGUUUCAACCGUAAUAGGCAAUCCUAAAACGACACUUUCGUUGGCAACAGAUUACAGGAGUGCAACUACUGAAACUAAAUACCAAUAUACGGACGCUAAAACUAAAUUAACUGAAUCGAACGUAGACACCACAACUACAGAGGUUGAUUUAACACCAAGUAGCACACAUAAAAAUAAUAAUCUUGAAUCUAUAACAACAUUUAGUAUUGAUAUGAAUACCAAAACUCCUUUCUAUUUUGAAAAUAACAAUGGAGAAAUAUAUUCUACAAAUUUUAAUUUAGAAAGAAGUACUACAAAAUUAUUUGAACAAUACCCUACCACAGAAAUAUCAACAAAAUCUUCCACAAAAAAGGGCCUAAAUCUUGUAAAUAAUUUUAAUGUACCUGAUAAGGGCAUCUCAGAAAUGGUUACAGCUGAACAUGCAUUACAAAAAGAAAGUACAAAACUUCUUAAACUAAAUUCUACUUAUGUUCCUACUGCAACUUCACCUAUGAAUGAAAUAUUAACUCAUAGGCCGCAAAAAAUGCAUAAUAAUUUUGAAACUACAACAAAUGAUAAUACCAAUCUGAUUUUUAGUACCAAUAGCAAUACUAAAACUAAAAAUAUAUAUAAAGUCACAAAACCAAUGAUUAAUGAAUUGGAAAUUGAGAUGAAAUAUACAACAUUGGAUAAUGAAGAUAACCAAUUUAUAAUUGAACAGAGUUCCACUCCCACUACAACGAUAAGUUUAUCUGAAAUUUCAGAAACAAAUUUUGUGACCGAUUCUACUUUAUCUAUUACCAAAUCUAACCCUAAUUAUAUAGAGGAUAGAUCUACAGUGUAUUCAAAAAUCAACACUGAUAAAAAUAUAGUGACGGUUACUGAAAAAGAUAAUUUAUGGCAUACUAACAUUGAUAAUGCAAAAGGUAGCACUUCUGAUUUAUAUAAUAACAACUUUAUGUUGACUUCAACAGAAAAUAUUCCAAAAUAUGAAAGUAACGCUAAUGCUGUUGAAAGUAGUACUAAAAAUAUUAUUAUAAAUAAUGGACCAGAUAUUUUCAAUACGCAAAAAUCUUCAACGACUGUUGGUACAGAAAACGAAAACUUAGAAUCAUUAUCUACUACUAAAUACAACGAAAAAACAGACGAGACUUCCUUGUUUAAUAACUUUUUUACAUCUGAAGAUAGUACCACAAUAACUCCUUUUCACCCUUCAGUUGAAGGUGUUGCAAGUACCUUUGAUCAAAAUUCUUCUCCGUUUACGGACAGUAAAAUGUCAGUUUAUGGCCAUAGUACACCAAGUGACAAAAAUGGAAACCUUUACACUAAAACUGAUAAUAUAAUAAAUGUAGACAGAGAAACAACAACAUUGUAUAUCGAUCAUAUUGAUUAUGCAACAACCCCAGAUGAAAAGUUUUCUAAAACACUAACAAAUAAACCAACAGAAAACCCCUUUACCUCUAGUGAUAAUAAAGAUGAUGCUAUUUUAAAAUCUACAUUUAGUGAUGGUGAUAUUAAAUUUUCUUCAGUCACAUCGACUUCAUAUCCAAUGUUAUACACUGACAGUGGCGGUCAAAAUGUAGAAGAAUUUACGAUAGAUGAGAUAGACAAUACCGUAUUAAUUGACCUUACAAACACUGACACAACAACACCAAAUUAUAAACAAACGAUGGAAAAUUAUACAUCAAUGGAAGCUGAAUCACCUUUCUCGACUACUUCUGAGAAUUUAACAAAAAGUACUGAUUUGAAUACAGAAAAGAAUGCACAUUAUGUUACAUCUACAAUUUUACCAGAUAAUAUAAUAACAAAUGAAAAUAUUUUCACCAAUACAGAGAAAACGUCUGUUAAUACGUUAGAUUCCACAAGUAGUAACUAUUAUACAGAAGAUAAUAUUUAUACAGAAAGUACAAUAGAUGGUAAAGGUGUUUUACUUACAACUCAAACUGAAUUUGCAUCAACUACUGUUGGUUCUGAGAAUUCUGAAAAUUAUUCUAAAUUUAAAAAACCUUUGCCAAGCACAUUCACUAAUGAUCCCAUAUUGACUGAUUCAACACUACAUAUUAUAACAUUACCGAAUACUAUAAGUACUUCUUCUGAUAGUGAAAUCAAAAGCACAAUCUCUUAUGAAUCUCUAAUAAAGAAUUAUGUAACCCCUAAUGAAACGCAUUUUACUACAUCAUUGCCAAUGACAACCAUAAAUAAAGCACAUAAUGAACAAUUUGUACCAGCUGAUAUUAUUGCAACCACAAGCUCAAAUAAUAAUGCAAACGAUAUAUCAAGUAGUGUAUUGAAUAAUGAAAAAAUAUUAAAAGUUCCAUUAAGCUCUUUGACCACUGCAAUUGGCAUAGAUAGUAGGAUUGUAGAAACGACAUCGACGGAAAAGUACACCAUUUCAAUUAACAAUAGUAUAUCCAAGAUUGAAAGUAGUACUGAAUAUACAGGAAAACGAACUACAUUUUCCGAAUCCACAGAAACAAUUAAUGAUUCUUCAUUUCAUGACAUGCCAGUUUUUACGACACCUUCAAUUACAAAUAGUGAAAAUAUAGUAGAUAGCACCACUAACAUUAAUUCUAUAAAAAUUGGUGCAGAAUCAGAUGUUUCUGGCAAAGGCACCACACAAUUGGAUAUUGCUACUACGGACAAUAUAUUAGCUGAAACUACUGUUAAUGAUUACCAUUUAGAGUAUACAAGAGAAACCACUUUGUCAACUACUGAACAUAGUAUUCAAGAUCUUGGUACACUUCCAUCGUUAACAACUUAUAACAAUAAUUCAAAAGAGGAUUCAACAACUCUUACUUACCAAAGAUCCUCUUCUAAAGGCUAUUCUUUAUUACAUAAAACUGAUGAACAAAAUACUUUAGAUAAUUUAAAUAGCAUGACUAAAAUGGAAACAACGGAGAGUUUUACUAGCGAUAAUAACAAUGAUGCAGACUUUUCAGGUUUCGUAACAGAAAUAAAUUUACCGACAAUGCCUUUGACAAAUUAUAAUUUAAAUGGAGAUAAAUUAAGUGACUUUAAAACUACUGAAAAUUAUGAUGAUAGUCAAUCAUCUAAAAAUCCUGAAAUAAUUACUUCUUCAACCUUAUCUGAUCGAUUUACCUCUGUCUUAGAAUCAUCCACAGAAUCUGAUAUGAAUAUUGAUAAUGAGGACACUACAACACAGGCAAACAAAACUUCAUUAACCAAUCCAGACAUAAACAAUGAAUGGCAGCAAACUGAACAAAGUUUGUCUACAACUACAGAAAUUAACGAAUCUCAUACUUACCCUACUGAAACCAUUUCUACGAUCAGCUCCGAGUCUUUGUCUUUUAAUCAAAAUAACGGUGAUAAAAACUAUCCCUCUACAAUGUCUGCACAUUUAAGUACUUCUUUAGAAAAUCUUUCGUCUCGUAGAAAAGAUAUAGAUAUUCCCGCUUGGACAGACUCUACUGCCAACUAUGAUAUAACUUCAACUGUGACAAAUACUGCACUUACUGAUACUCGAACUAACCAAUGUAAAUUUAACGUUCACUGCCCAACGAACAUGUUUUGUAAUAUUGGAGUAUGUAAAAACCCGUGCGAAGUACGGAACCCUUGUACAAAGAAUGCUUCCUGUAAAGUUUUCAACCAUGAAGCUGUAUGUGCGUGCGAUGGCCAUGCUGGGGAGAACUGUCAGAAAGAACCAAUUGGAACACCCAAGGCACCAGAACCUUGUCAUUCUGAUCGGGAUUGUAUAGAAACAGAGGCCUGUUUUAUGGGACUGUGUCAAAAUCCUUGUGAAUUUGACAAUGUAUGUGGUGUUGAAGCUAAAUGUAACCCUGUAAAACAAAGACCUAUGUGCUCGUGUCCAGCUGGUUAUGACGGAGAUCCCGCUGUAAAGUGUACACCUAAAACAUCUGGUUGCACUCGCAAUGAAGAUUGUCAGUUAACUGAAGCUUGUAUAAAUAAUGCAUGUCAACAUCCAUGUGCUAUACACAACCCAUGUGUGCCUAAUGCGGUCUGUAUAAAUACAAAUCACGGUUCAGAUUGUAGUUGCGUCGAAGGAUAUCAAGGCAACGGAUACGUUGGAUGCGUCCCAGUGGUUGAUAGUCGUUCAGUUUGUCAAUACAAUGAAGACUGUCCACCAGAAUUAUUGUGCGAUAGAUUAAAUAGAGUUUGCAUAAACCCAUGUGCGAUCAAUGAAUGUGGAGAGAACGCUGAAUGUUUCCCGUCCAACCAUGGCAUACAAUGUAAAUGUUUCGCAGGAUUUACAGGAAACCCAUUUUUAGAAUGUUACCAAGUGCAAGGUUGUAGAUCCGACAAUGAGUGUGCCAGUUCUGAAGCAUGUAUAAACGGAAAAUGUCAAUCGCCAUGUAGAUGUGGAACUAAUGCGAUAUGUGACGUCCAAAAUCACCGCGCGUCAUGCAAAUGUUUGGGUGGUUACACUGGCAACCCAAUGAUCAGCUGUGAACCCCCAACAAAUCCCUGUAUUCCAAAUCCAUGCGGGGUAAACGCAUUAUGUGAAAUUGACAAUGGCAACCCGAUAUGCUUCUGUCCUAAAGGAUUGACUGGCAACCCAUUCAAAACUUGCAUUCCGGAAGGCAAUGAAUGUGAACCCAACCCAUGUGGGCCAUAUACUGGAUGUCGAAUUAUAGAUAACAAGCCAGCCUGUUUCUGUUUACCUAAUUAUGAAGGAAAUCCUCCUCGUCAACCAUGUCGCUUACCAAAUAAUCCAUGUAAUCCAUCUCCAUGUGGACCAAAUACACAAUGUACUGUCUUAUCGAAUGGAUUCUCUAAAUGCACAUGUUUGCAAGGUUAUGUUGAAAGUCCGAAUACCGUUCGCGGUUGUGUGGAAGCGCGAAAUCCGUGUGAGCCAAAUACAUGCGGAAUAGGAGCACGUUGCGAUCCAAACAGAACCCCUGCCUGUUAUUGUCCUGAAAACUUACGUGGAAACCCGUAUAAGUCUUGCGAUCCUCCAACCUAUUUACCUCCGGCUAUUCUCUGCCAACCAGGAAACUGUGGAGAAAAUGCAGAUUGUUAUGUAGCUAGCAAUAGAGAAAUGUGUUUCUGUAAAACUGGAUUUUACGGCGAUCCAUACAUAGGUUGUCAACCACAAAAAAGUCCUUGUAAUCCAAGUCCUUGUGGGCCGCAAGCAGUAUGUAACAUUAAUUAUGAUGGACAAGCAUUGUGCUCCUGUAGCGAAGGCAGUACUGGUGAUCCAUUCAGUUUAGAAGGCUGUCGGUCCCGGGAAUGCGAAAUUGAUGAUGAAUGUUCAUUAGAUAGAUCGUGCAUUGGUUACACGUGCCGUGACCCCUGUCCCGGUCUAUGCGGCUUAAAUGCAAGAUGUCACGUCGAGUCUCAUCAUCCCGUUUGCACUUGUGAAGAAGGACUAAUAGGCAAUCCUUUGCUAUGUUGUUUACCACCCGAAGAACUAAAAUCUAAUAGGCCGUGUAAUCGUGCGCCGUGUGGCACAAAUGCUAUUUGUCAAGAUGUUGGAGAAAAUGCCUUAUGCUCGUGUCCUCCUGACUUUUACGGUGAUCCAACAAAAGAAUGUAAGCCGGAAUGCCUGAUGAACACAGAUUGUUCACCAAAUGAGGCGUGUAUUAAUCGAAAAUGUAUCGAUCCCUGUGCACAAAGCAACGUAUGUGGCAUUAAUGCUGUUUGCUUAUGUUCAGAUCACACUGUAUCAUGUUUAUGUCCAGAUGGAUAUAUUGGAGAUCCACUAAUUCAGUGCAUAUAUCGACCAAUAAUAAUUGUCCCGGACAAUUCGACAUUACAACCAUGCACACCAAAUCCAUGUGAUCCGAACUCCUUAUGCGAUACUUAUGGAGACAAGUUUGCUGUCUGUAAUCUUUGUAUUGGAUCCAAUGCUAUUAACAACCCUGCAUGCAGACCAGAAUGUGUUUUGAAUUCAGACUGUGCUUUCAAUAAAUUUUGUUUGAAGAACAAAUGUGUGGAUCCCUGUCCAGGAGCAUGUGGUGUUAAUGCUGAAUGUAAAAUAUAUCAUCACGAUCCAAUUUGUCAAUGUAGAAAUGGAUAUGAAGGGAACCCCUACGAACAUUGCAAAUUGUCAAAACAACCUUCACCACCUGAAAUUUGUGACAAUGUCAGAUGUGGAGCUAAUGCUAUAUGUCAAAAUUUAAAUAAUGCCUUAACAUGCAAAUGUCUGCCCGGCUUUUAUGGAAAUCCGUACAUGUCCUGCAGACCGGAAUGUGUCGUAAAUAGUGAUUGCUCUCCUACUUUGGCAUGCAUAAAUAACAGAUGUGAAAAUCCUUGUCAAAAUGUUUGUGGAAUUGGCGCAUUAUGUGAAACGGUUAACCAUCACGCUAUUUGCUACUGUGCUUCGGGUCAAUCAGGAGAUCCAUAUGUAAGAUGUCAAGAUAAUCCGGUCACGACGCCAACAAUAUUCACGUGCGAUCCAUCACCAUGCGGACCUUACAGCCGCUGUCUAGUUUCAUCAUCUGGAUUUUCGGUGUGCUCUUGUCUGCCUGGUUACAGAGGUGUUCCACCAAUGUGUCAACCAGAAUGUGUGAGUAAUUCGGAUUGUCCACAAAAAGAGACCUGUGUAAACCAAAGAUGCAUAGACCCUUGCCAAGGUAGUUGUGGAGUUGGAGCUAAUUGUAUUGUAGUAAAUCAUAAUCCGAUAUGUACCUGUGGACCAGGAGAAACCGGAGAUCCUUUCGUUGUAUGUACAGCUUUCAUUGUUAAUGAACCAAAUGAAAAGAAUCCAUGUCUACCGUCACCGUGCGGGCCUAAUUCGGUUUGUGAAAUAAAAGCUAAUCAUCCGGUAUGCUCUUGCCAACCAAACUACUCUGGAACACCGCCACAUUGUAGACCUGAAUGUAUUAUCACCCAAGAAUGUCCAUCGAACCAAGCUUGUAUAAAUGAAAAAUGUGCUGAUCCAUGUAUUGGUGCCUGUGGAAAUAAUGCUGUAUGCAACGUAGUGAACCACACGCCGUUGUGUAGUUGUUUGAACGGAUACAAAGGCGACGCUUUUAUUGGGUGCAUUGCGGUGUCUACAGAUAAUAAUGUAACACCAUGUAAUCCAUCACCUUGUGGCGAGAACACAAUCUGUACCAUCGUAAACAAUGCCGCGCGAUGUUCAUGCAUACCUCCUAAUAUUGGAAAUCCAUACGCGGGUGGCUGCCGCCCUGAGUGUUCACAUAAUUCGGAUUGUCCAAAUAAUUUAGCGUGUUUGUCAAACCACUGUCGCGAUCCAUGUAAAGAUUUGUGCGGCGUUAACGCAGAGUGCAUUGUUACCAAUCACGUUCCUGUUUGUACAUGCUUUAAAGGAUACGAAGGGGAUCCAUUCUCCUCAUGUCGUAGAAAAACUGCUACACCAACGACACCAAUUAAUCCCUGUCAACCUACGCCGUGUGGCCCCAACAGCGAGUGCCACGUAGUCAGCCAGCGAGCCGCGUGCUCCUGCCGCGCGGGCUACCUGGGCACUCCUCCCGCUUGCCGCCCUGAAUGCGCAGUGAAUUCGGACUGUCCAACAAAUAAGGCUUGCAUUAACCAAAAAUGCAAGGACCCAUGCGUUCACAGCUGUGGUCUUGAUGCACUUUGCCACGUCGUCAGUCAUAAUCCCAUCUGUAUGUGCCCUGAAAACUUCCCCGAAGGCGAUCCGUUUAUUAGAUGUUUAAAGAAAAGUAUUUCGCUGCCAGCACCCAAUCCGUGUUUACCUUCGCCAUGUGGACCACACUCCACCUGUCGCGAUGAGGGUGGGCGAGCCGUGUGUGCGUGCGAGCCGGGUACAUUGGGUGCUCCUCCCACUUGCCGGCCGCAGUGCCUCAUCAACCAAGACUGCCCGCUUGCACUAGCAUGCCUCAGCGGAAGCUGCAUCAAUCCUUGCGUGGGAUCUUGCGGAUUCAACGCUCGGUGUGCAGUUCAAAAUCACCAACCGAUAUGCUCUUGCGACGACGGCUACUCAGGAGACCCAUUCGCCGGAUGCAACCCGAAUGAAACUCCUAAAGAAGUCAUUAGUCCUUGUUAUCCAUCUCCUUGUGGAUCUAAUGCACUUUGCAAAGAAAGAAAUGGUGCUGGUGCUUGUACGUGUAUAGAUGACUUCUAUGGAGAUCCUUAUUUGGGAUGUAGACCUGAAUGUGUUAUGAACACAGAUUGUGCUAUGGAUAAAACUUGUUUUAAUAACAAAUGUGUGAACCCAUGCCUGGGUUCCUGCGGACAAAACUCAGAAUGUAGAGUUUCCAAUCAUGCACCUUCAUGUUUCUGCUUGCCGGGAUACAAUGGAAACCCUCUUCAUGCAUGUUCUCGUAUCAUAACUAUUGCGGAACCAGUCGAUCCGUGCCACCCUUCACCAUGUGGCCCUUACAGUAAAUGUCGUACUUUCAACGGUCACGCGGUUUGUACGUGUCUCGAUAUGUGUGUCGGUUCUCCUCCGAAUUGUCGACCUGAAUGCAUUGUUAGUGCUGAAUGUCGACAAAACCAAGCGUGUAUAAGUAAUAAAUGUCGAGAUCCGUGCCCUGGUACCUGUGGAAUCAACGCUCAAUGUCAAGUGGUGAACCACAACCCUAUCUGUAGCUGUUUAUAUGACUUCACUGGUGAUCCAUUUGUGAAAUGCUACUUGGAAGACAAACAAAUGACACCUAUAAAUAAUUGUGUACCGAAUCCAUGCGGUCCUCAUUCACAAUGCAACGACAUAAAUGGACAUCCAGUAUGUUCCUGUUUACGUAAUUACGUUGGUCGUCCGCCAAACUGUCGUCCAGAAUGUGUAAUGGAUAUCGAAUGUCCGGGGAAUCUAGCAUGUAUAUCCGAAAAAUGCAGUGACCCAUGCCCUGGAUCUUGUGGUUUUCAUGCAACUUGUAAUGUAGUAAAACAUAUUCCCAUCUGUGUAUGUGAACAAGGAUAUACUGGUGAUCCAUUCUCUGGGUGUUCAAUUGCUCCUACUAUCGAGCCACAAUUGGAAAAUCCAUGUUCCCGAUCACCUUGUGGUGUUAAUGCCGUAUGCAAAGAAAGACACGGCAUUGGAUCGUGUUCAUGCCUUCCUGAAUAUUAUGGAGAUCCAUACAUAGAAUGCAGACCAGAAUGCGUACUAAAUUCUGACUGUCCAAAAGAUAGGGCCUGUAUUAAUAACAAAUGUAAUGAUCCCUGUCCGGGUGUCUGUGGAAUGAACGCCGAAUGUCGUGUCAAUAAUCAUGCGCCGUCAUGUGCUUGUCUUGUUGGAUACGAAGGAAAUCCUUUUACUUCUUGUUACAUAAGUGCAAUUGAAAAGCAGUCAGAUCCAUGCGUACCUUCUCCUUGCGGACCAUACAGUGUAUGCCGUGCUAAUAAUGGGCACGCUAUUUGUUCGUGCCAGGAACAGUAUUUCGGGGCUCCUCCUAACUGCCGUCCUGAAUGUAUGGUCAGCAGUGACUGUAUGCCGAACAGGGCUUGUAUCAACCAAAAAUGCAUAGAUCCAUGUAUUGGCGCUUGCGGUGUCAAUGCCAAAUGUACCGUGGUUAAUCAUAAUGCUUUAUGCAGUUGUCCAAAUAACUAUGUUGGCGAUCCAUUUAUCAAUUGUGCCUUUGAAACGAAACCUGAACCAAGACCAUCAGGCAAUCCAUGUAUUCCUUCGCCUUGCGGACCUAAUUCACAAUGCCGAGUUAUUAGAGAUACCCCUGCUUGUUCUUGUAAAGCUGGAUAUAUUGGACGUGCACCACAUUGUCGACCGGAAUGUAUAUAUGAUGAAGAAUGUCCCAGCAAUCUUGCAUGCGUUCGUGAGAAAUGUAUGAGUCCAUGUGACGGAUCUUGUGGUUCAAAUGCUAAUUGCAACGUAAUUGCACAUAAAGCCGUUUGUCAUUGUCGUGAAAGUUAUACGGGGGAUCCUUUUAGUGGUUGUUAUUUUAUUGUAACAGUACCGAGCGAAGAUGAAACCAAUCCCUGUAAUCCAUCACCAUGCGGACCAAAUGCGCUGUGCACUGAAAGAAAUAAUGCUGGAGCAUGCACAUGUUUGCCAGGAUACUUCGGAGAUCCAUAUCUGGGCUGCCGACCUGAAUGCGUCACUAAUAACGACUGUUCAUCAGACAAAGCUUGCUCGAAUAAUAAAUGUAUAAACCCUUGUCAAGGCGCAUGUGGAAUAAAUGCUCUUUGUAGUGUCACACAUCACACACCAGUUUGUCUGUGUAUAGAUGGAUACGAAGGAAAUCCAAGUAUAUCAUGCCAUCCACAAAGAACGCCUAUAGAAGUUUUCAACCCUUGUGUGCCGUCCCCUUGCGGACCUUACAGUCAUUGUAAAGAGAUAAACGGACACGGAGUAUGUUCUUGCGAAGAAGGUUAUGUAGGGUCUCCGCCCACGUGUAGACCCGAAUGUGUUACUAGUACAGAUUGCCCUCAACAUCAAGCGUGUAUAAAACAAAAGUGCAGAGAUCCGUGUCCUGGAACAUGUGGUGUAAACGCUCGAUGUCAAACAAUAAAUCAUAAUCCUAUUUGUACAUGUAAAGCAGGAUUUACUGGUGACCCAUUCGCAGUUUGUCAGUUAGAGCAAAAACCUAUCUUUACGGGACCUAAAGGAAAUCCAUGUGUACCAUCACCGUGCGGUCCGAAUUCUCAAUGUAAAGUAGUUGGAGAAGCGCCUGCAUGUUCAUGCUUACCAAAUUACAUUGGUAUCGCACCAAAUUGUAGACCUGAGUGUUCUAUCAAUGCGGAAUGCCCCGGUAAUCUUGCAUGCCAGAACGAGAAAUGUGUUGAUCCAUGCCCUGGUUCUUGUGGCUUUAAUGCAGACUGCACUGUAGCAAAUCAUGUAGCAUUAUGUAAUUGUAUAGCGGGUCAUACUGGUGACCCGUUUAGUGGAUGCUCUGUCAUUGAAUAUGUCUCUGAACCGCCUCCUAAUCCAUGCAAUCCAUCACCAUGCGGUGCUAAUGCAUUGUGUAAAGAACGAUAUGGAGUUGGUUCUUGCGCCUGCUUACCAGAAUAUUUUGGAGAUCCAUACACAGGAUGUCGCCCAGAGUGUGUAUCAAAUUCAGAUUGUGAUCGAAAUAAGGCCUGUUCUAAUAACAGAUGUAAAGACCCGUGUCCAGGAUCAUGUGGUAUAAAUGCAGAAUGUAGAACAGUGAAUCAUUCGCCCACGUGUACCUGUCUUUCUGGAUAUACAGGAAAUCCACUAGUAAAAUGUGACUUAGAAAUUAUUACGGAUGUUGAGCAACCACAGCUAGAUCCUUGUCAGCCAUCGCCAUGCGGACCAAACAGCCUUUGCCGAGCAGUGAAUGGACAUAGCGUGUGCACUUGUGAUGUCGGUUACAUUGGGACUCCACCGUCAUGUCGACCAGAAUGUAUAGUUAGCUCAGAAUGCCCACAAGACAAAGCUUGUAUAAAUAAAAAAUGCGUAGAUCCAUGUCCAAAUACAUGUGGCCUUAAUGCACGCUGUCAAGUUGUAACCCACAACCCCAUUUGUAGUUGUACGUCUGGAUUUACAGGAGAUCCUUUCACAAAAUGUAGUCCUGAAGAGAGAACCGUACCUACGAAUCCAUGUGUUCCCUCACCCUGUGGACCCUAUUCUGAAUGUCGUGUUAUUGGAGACCAAGCAGCAUGCUCAUGCAUAACGAAUUACAUUGGAAGAGUACCAAACUGUAGACCAGAAUGUACAAUUGAUCCCGAGUGCCCUAGCAAUGCGGCUUGCAUUAAUGAGCGCUGCAAAGAUCCUUGCCAAGGCGCUUGUGGAUUAAAUGCUCUAUGUUUGACCGUCAACCAUAAGCCAAUGUGUUCAUGUCAACAAGGUUUCACUGGUGAUGCAUCCAGGAGCUGUACUCAAGUUAUCAUAUCAACUACAGAAAUGACUCCAACGUCUAGUCCUUGUACUCCAUCACCAUGCGGACCUAACGCAGAAUGCCGUGAAUAUAAUGGCGCGGGAGCUUGUUUCUGUUCUGAGGGCUAUGAAGGUGACCCGUAUAGUAACAAUGGAUGUAGAAGAGAAUGUGAAAGUAAUGACGACUGCAGCUUCAACUUGGCUUGCACGCGAUUCAAAUGUAUAGAUCCUUGUCCCAGAACAUGUGGUCAACUGGCUCAAUGCAUUGUUGAAAAUCAUGUUCCCGUAUGUUCUUGCCCUGCGGGCUAUACUGGAGAUCCGUUUUUCCAAUGUAAAGAAAUACUUUUAGAACCAACACCGGCAAGAAAUCCAUGUGAGCCAACUCCAUGUGGACCUAACAGCCAAUGUCGACAAGUUAAUAUGCAGGCAGUGUGUUCCUGUCUUCCAAACUAUAUAGGUUCACCACCAUCAUGUCGACCUCAAUGUGUUGUAAACAGCGAAUGUGACACAUCUAAAGCAUGUAUCAAUCAAAAAUGUGACGAUCCUUGUCCAAAUACAUGUGGUCUGCGAGCGCAUUGUCUUGUUAAAAACCAUAAUCCUAUAUGUACGUGCCCAUCAGGAAUGACUGGAGAUCCUUUCACUCAAUGUUAUACAAUUCAACCAACAACUGAACGGCCUCCAUCGUGCACUCCAUCUCCAUGCGGUCCACACUCACGUUGUCAACUAUUGGCGAGCGGCCCAGCGUGCUCUUGCUUGCAAGGUUACAUUGGUUCUCCGCCGUCAUGUCGCCCAGAAUGUACAAUCAAUUCCGAAUGUCCUGCUUCUUUAGCUUGCGUAAGACAAAAGUGUGAAGACCCUUGCCCAGGUUCUUGCGGCGUUGAAGCAAACUGCCACGUUCUCAAUCACGUAGCAGUGUGUGUAUGCAAUGAAGGUUUUACAGGAGAUCCUUUCUCUCGAUGUUUGCCUAUUACUGAAGCGCCUACGACACCACUUCCAUCCGAUCCUUGUAACCCAUCUCCAUGUGGACCGAAUGCAAAAUGUGAUAAUGGUUUCUGCACGUGUUUACCUAAUUAUAGCGGCAAUCCGUACGAAUCAUGUAGACCUGAAUGCACUGGAAGUCAAGAAUGUCCUAGAGACAAAGCGUGUUUCAGAAAUAAAUGCCGCGAUCCUUGCCCAGGUGUUUGUGGUCAAAAUGCAAAAUGCGAUGUAAUUAAUCAUAUACCAAGUUGUUCUUGUAUGACUGAUUACACUGGUAAUCCUUUCACACACUGCCAACCGAUUGAAAAAGAAAGAGCCACUCCAAAAGACCCAUGUCAUCCAUCGCCAUGUGGACCGAAUAGUAUAUGUAGAACAUCAGAUAAUACGGCAGUGUGCGCUUGCAUUGAAGGAUUCCAAGGUUCACCACCAGCAUGCAGACCCGAAUGUAUAGUUAGUUCGGAAUGUCCGUCAACUAAAGCUUGUGUCAAUCAAAAGUGUAUCAAUCCAUGUAUCAAUGCCUGUGGAUUAUCAGCUCGAUGUGAAGUAAUCAAUCAUAGUCCUAUAUGUAGCUGCAAUCCAGGACAGACCGGAGAUCCAUUCAAGAGCUGCUAUGAUGUAGUAGCCAUACUUCCUGAUCCAGUAGACGCUUGCAAUCCUUCACCAUGCGGUCCAAACGCAUUAUGUCUCGAACGAAAUGGUAAAGCAAACUGCAGAUGCAUAGACGACUACGUUGGACAACCACCAAACUGUAGACCGGAAUGCGUUAUAAAUCCAGAUUGUCCAUCUAACCAAGCUUGCGUCAGAAACAAGUGUAUUGAUCCAUGUCCAGGAUCUUGUGGAAUAAACGCGGAUUGCAUUAUUGUGAGCCACACAGUUUCCUGUAUUUGUAAAGAGAAAUAUACCGGAAAUCCAUUCUUGCAAUGUCUGCCUUUAGAAGAAAAUGUUGUGAAACCUUGUGACCCAUCUCCGUGUGGUGCCAAUGCAGUAUGUAGUCAAAGAGACGGCGCCGGAGCGUGCGCAUGCCUGGAAGGUUAUCAAGGAAAUCCAUACGAAGGCUGUCGCCCUGAGUGUGUUUUAAGUUCUGAUUGUUCCGCUGAUAAAGCUUGUAUAAGAAACAAAUGCACAGAUCCUUGUCCUGGAAUUUGCGGAACACUCGCAGAAUGUACAGUUGUAAAUCACGUACCAACAUGUGCUUGCGUUAAAGGUUACUCAGGAAAUCCAUUUUUACGAUGUGAUAAAACUGAACCACUACAAGAAAUUAGACCAUGUCAACCUUCACCUUGUGGCCCUAACAGUGUAUGCCGAGAAAAUGGCGAAUUAGCUUCUUGUGAAUGUUUACCAGAAUACAUAGGUGCUCCGCCUGAUUGCCGGCCUGAAUGUACCGUCAGUAGCGAAUGUCCAUCAGAUCGUGCAUGUCACAAAUUUAAAUGCGCUGAUCCUUGCAGAGGUACUUGUGGAAUAGGUGCACAUUGUCAAGUUAUAAAUCAUAGUCCUUUAUGCAGCUGUCCUGCAGGCACUACAGGCGAUCCUUUUAGUGCUUGCCGCGAAAUUGAAUAUUCCAAAGUCGAACCUACUGAACCAUGUCAUCCUAACCCAUGUGGCCCUUAUAGCGAAUGUCGUGCUAUAAAAGAGUUCCCGUCGUGCUCUUGUUUGAUUGGCUACAUGGGAGCCCCACCAAAUUGUCGCCCUGAAUGUCUCGUUAAUACAGAUUGCCCAUCACAUCAAGCAUGUAUAGCAGAAAAAUGUACAAAUCCUUGUGAAGGUUCUUGUGGUUUUAAAGCACAAUGCAGGGUCCAAGAUCAUAUACCGAUUUGCAGCUGUCCAACAGGAUUUUCGGGUGAUCCGUUUAUCCAAUGUUCCGAAGUAAUAGUUACACCAACUCCUGCCGCUGAUCCUUGUAAUCCAUCGCCAUGCGGCAGUAAUGCUGUAUGCGAAUCAGGAGCUUGUUCAUGUGCUCCCAAUUACUUUGGUGAUCCCUACUCAGGAUGUCGACUGGAGUGCAGUACUAACGGUGAAUGCUCACCAACUCGUGCGUGCCAAGGCGGAAGAUGUAUUGAUCCAUGCCCGGGAGCAUGUGGAACUGGAGCAACUUGCUCUGUGAAUAACCACAUACCAUCAUGUACUUGCCCACCAAACACGGCAGGAGAUCCAUUUGCGUUUUGUACAGAAAUUAUUUUGGAUGAAAAACCUAAAUCGCCUUGUAGUCCAUCACCAUGUGGUCCGUACAGUGAAUGUACAGUGAGUGCUAAUGGUGCAGCUGCGUGCUCGUGCAGAAUUGGCCACAUUGGUUCACCUCCAUCUUGUCGACCGGAAUGUCUUGUGAGCUCAGAAUGCAAACUUCAAAUGGCUUGUGUCGAUAGACGUUGUCGCGACCCUUGCGAAGGCGCGUGUGGCCGUGGAGCUCGUUGCCAAGUUAUAGCCCACUCGCCAAUAUGUACGUGUAAUGAUGGACUCACUGGUGAUCCAUUUAGUUAUUGCUACCCAUUACCAGCACCUCCACCUAUACCGGAGGAUUCCUGUCAGCCGUCACCUUGUGGGCCAAAUUCGAUAUGUUUGAAAACCGGCGAUACACCAGCUUGUAGUUGUCAACCUGGUUAUAUCGGAUCUCCUCCAAAUUGUCGGCCAGAAUGCACUAUAAGCGCUGAAUGUCCAGCCGCCUUGGCCUGUGUUGCUCUGCGAUGCAAGGAUCCUUGCGCGCAGGCUUGCGGCCCCGGUGCAGUUUGCUCUGUCGUAGAUCAUCGAGCAACUUGUGCCUGUGAACCCGGUUUACAAGGUGAUCCUUUCCAGGGUUGUACUCGUACUCAAGCUCCACAAAAGAUUGAAUACUUAAAUCCCUGUGAACCGUCUCCUUGCGGUGCAAAUGCUGUGUGUAAUGUACAAGGAAAUGCUGGAUCAUGUACAUGUAUUUCGGACUAUUUUGGCGACCCAUAUCAAGGCUGCCGGCCAGAAUGCUUAGCUGACGCUGAUUGUCCCCUGGUUUUAGCAUGCAACAGAAAUAAAUGUACAGAUCCAUGUCCGGGAGUAUGCGGAUACAAUGCAAAUUGUUUUGUUACAAAUCAUAAACCUACAUGCAAUUGUAAAACGGGCUACUCAGGGAACCCAUUGUCAAUGUGUUCUAUUAUGAGAGGUGAAGAAAUAUCAGUGACAAACGUUUGUAAUCCAUCACCGUGUGGAGCUAAUGCUAUAUGUAAGGAAAUAAAUGGACAGCCAGUAUGUUCAUGUUUGAAUAAUUACAUUGGUUCACCUCCAAACUGUAAACCAGAGUGUGUUGUAAAUGCAGAAUGUAAACCAAAUAAGGCUUGUAUCAAUAAUAGAUGUAUCAAUCCGUGCCCUAAGCCCUGCGGAAAAAAUACUGAAUGUAAGGUAAUAAACCACAGCCCCAUAUGUUCCUGUCUCCAAGGAUAUUCUGGAAAUCCAUUUACCACAUGCACACAAAUAUUGCAUAUAUCUGCAAUUACAACAACAUCAACAAAUCCCUGUGUUCCAUCACCAUGUGGUCUUUAUGCUGAAUGUCGAAAUAUCAAUGAUAUGGCAACGUGUUCAUGCCUGCCAUCGUACACCGGAUCGCCACCUUUUUGCAAACCCGAGUGUGUUAUACAUUCUGAUUGUCCUAGCAAUCAAGCCUGCGUACGGGAAAAAUGUCGAAAUCCUUGCGAAGGCGCAUGUGGAAUUUAUGCAGAAUGCUUUGUGCAAAAUCACGUACCAGUCUGUUUGUGUGCUGAAGGAUUUACUGGUGACCCAUUCCGUGAAUGCAGACCUAAGCCCAUUAAAGAUUUCACACCAGAGCCUCAGCUCGAUCCAUGCUCACCAAGCCCAUGUGGGCCGAAUACAAAGUGUGAGAAUGGCGUCUGUUCUUGUUUAUUGGGAUAUCACGGUGACGCCUACCUUGGUUGUAGACCGGAAUGCGUUUAUAAUACAGACUGCCCUCAAGAUAAAGGUUGUCAACGCAAUAAAUGUGUAAACCCCUGUAUUGGUACGUGUGGACUCAAUGCUGUGUGUGAUGUCAAUAAUCAUAUCCCAAUGUGUACAUGUCCAAAAGGUAUGAGUGGCAACGCGUUUGUAGAGUGUCGGCCUGUUGCAGUUACAAACGUCAACCCUUGUAAUCCAUCACCUUGUGGACCAAAUAGCCAGUGCCAGCAAUCUAACGGACAAGCAGUUUGUUCAUGUUUACCUGGAUAUCGCAGCAGUCCACCUACGUGUAGGCCUGAGUGCGUAGUCAGCCUUGAGUGCUCCCUAAAAGAAGCAUGUCAGAAUCAAAAAUGUGUCAACCCUUGUAUUGGUGCAUGUGGAGUAGCGGCAGUGUGCGAUGUGAUCAAUCAUAAUCCUAUAUGCUCAUGCCCGGCGUCAUUUACAGGCGAUCCAUUUAUAAAAUGCUCAGUAUUAAUAGUCGAAUAUCAACAAGUUGAUCCAUGUGAUCCUUCACCAUGCGGACCACACUCGACGUGUAGAAUCAGUGGAGAAGGUCCAGUUUGUGCGUGUUUAGGAGGCUACAAGGGAUCUCCGCCAAACUGUAGACCACAGUGCAUAAGCAACAAUGAGUGUGAUUAUAAUUUAGCCUGUUUGAAUCAAAAAUGUAGUGACCCUUGUGUGGGAAGUUGUGGAACUAACGCUGAGUGUAGAGUCGUCAAUCACUCACCUAUGUGUGUAUGCCCAGUGGGAUACACAGGAGAUCCGUUUUCACAAUGUAGUCCCGUGGCCUUUAUACCUCAAGAGAUUUUGAAGCCUUGUAGUCCAAGUCCAUGCGGCUCAAAUGCUAUAUGCCGAGAACAAAAUGGUGUGGGAGCAUGUCAAUGUUUAGAUGACUAUUUUGGCAAUCCGUAUGAGGGAUGCCGACCUGAAUGUGUAGUCAAUUCUGAUUGUGCUCUGAAUAAAGCUUGUUCAAGAAUGAAGUGCAUAGACCCAUGUCCGGGCACUUGUGGCUCCAAUGCUUUAUGUCAAGUGAAUAAUCAUAUGCCGAAUUGUAUAUGUCAAACAGGAUAUACCGGAAACCCCUUUAGCUAUUGUACGAUUAUUCAAGAACCGCAAAUUGCGGAUGAGAAUCCAUGUAGCCCAUCUCCAUGUGGCGCAAAUAGCCAAUGCAAAGAAAUCAACGGACAAGCCGUAUGUUCCUGUUUGCCCACUUUUAUGGGGUCACCACCUAAUUGUCGUCCAGAAUGUAUUGUAAGCUCCGAAUGCCCACCAAACUUGGCUUGCAUAGACCAAAAAUGUUCUGACCCUUGUAUAAACAGCUGUGGAGACAACGCAAAUUGUAACGUUAUAAAUCACAGCCCAAUCUGUGUGUGUAAACCUGGUCUUACUGGAAACCCUUUCACCAGAUGUUUCCCAAUGAAAGUAUCUCAACCACCGGAUGUCACACCAUCGGCAGAUCCAUGUUUAUCAUCACCAUGCGGUCUUUAUGCUGAAUGUCGGAAUAUUGGAGGUUCACCUUCGUGCGCAUGUCAAUUGGGUUAUAUUGGCAAUCCUCCAAAUUGUCGCCCUGAAUGUACAAUUAAUUCCGAAUGCCCCAGCAAUCAAGCAUGUAUUAAUGAAAAAUGUCGCGACCCAUGUUCUGGAGCGUGCGGUCUCAAUGCCCAGUGUAGAGUAUUUAAUCACAUUGCUCAAUGUACAUGCGUAGAAGGAUACGGCGGAGAUGCCUUUACACAAUGUGUCCUAAUACCUGAACCUGGAGUGUUCUCCGAACGAGAUCCUUGUAAUCCUUCACCGUGUGGAUCUAACGCUCAGUGCAAUAACGGCGAAUGUACGUGCUUAUCUGGUUAUAUGGGUGACCCUUAUUUUGGCUGCAGACCAGAAUGCCUUGUAAAUACUGACUGCCUACAGAACAAAGCAUGUUCCAAAAACAAAUGCAUUGACCCAUGUAUUAAUACCUGUGGAAGACAAGCAGAAUGUAACGUUUACAAUCAUGUACCAAUGUGCACAUGUCCACAAGGAUAUACAGGAAAUGCUUUCCUCGAAUGUAGAAUAAUUGUGGCUGUAGAAGUAAUCAAUCCUUGUAACCCAUCUCCCUGUGGACCUAACAGCCAAUGCAGAGAGAUUAAUGGUCAAGCUAUUUGUACAUGUUUGGCGGGCUAUAAGGGUGCCCCUCCGACUUGUAGACCGGAGUGUGUCACUAGCGCUGAGUGUGCGUUAGACCGGGCGUGUUCUGGACAACGAUGCGUUGAUCCUUGUAAAGGGAACUGCGGUGUCGGUGCCUAUUGUCAAGUAAUAAACCACAAUCCAAUUUGUUCAUGUCCAUCUGGUUUAACUGGGGAUCCCUUCCAAAGAUGUGUCAAAAUAGAUAUAGAACCGCAAGUGCAAGUAAAUCCGUGUGAGCCAUCACCAUGUGGGCCAAACUCUAUUUGCAGAGAAGUAGGAGGCUCGCCAUCAUGUGCAUGUGUAGAUGAGUUUAUUGGAACCCCACCGAAUUGUCGACCUGAGUGCAUCUCCAACAGCGAAUGUCCAAACGAACUAGCGUGUAUCAAUCAAAAAUGCAAAGAUCCUUGUCCUGGUGCCUGUGGAUUUGGUGCGGAGUGCAGAGUACUGAGCCAUGCACCUCAGUGCUUGUGUCCCGUAGGCUACACUGGAGAUGCGUUUAUUGGAUGCAGCAUAAUUAGCGUGCCACUUACGCCAUGCUCUCCCUCACCUUGUGGACCCAAUGCAGUUUGCAAAGAAUUCAAGGGUGCCGGUGCAUGCACAUGUCUUCCAGAAUAUAUAGGAAACCCCUACGAAGGUUGUCGCCCCGAAUGUGUAGUAAAUUCAGAUUGUCCCGUUAACCAGGCGUGUAUGCAGAAUAAAUGUAAAAACCCAUGUGGUAACAUAUGUGGCCUUAACGCCGUUUGUAACGUAAUUAAUCACAAACCAAUUUGCGAAUGCCUGCCUGGACUUACUGGAAGUCCUUAUCAAGAGUGCAGAGAAAAGCAACAUGAUGUGCCAGUAGAGUCUAGAAACCCGUGUACGCCUUCGCCGUGUGGACCCAACAGUAUUUGCAAAAUAUCAAAUGGUCAAGCUGUGUGUACAUGUCAGCCAGAGUAUAUCGGUUCACCUCCUAGUUGCAGACCAGAGUGCCUAGUCAGUUCUGAAUGUACUCAACAGCAAGCCUGUAUCAAUCAGAAAUGUAAAAACCCAUGUGAGGGAGUCUGUGGAAUAAACACAGAUUGUAAGGUCAUCAAUCAUAGUCCGAUUUGUAUUUGUCAACUACAUCACACAGGAGAUCCAUUUAGUCGGUGCUAUAAAGUAGUGGACGUUCCGAUUGUGCCAACUAAUCCAUGUCUGCCAUCUCCCUGUGGGCCCUACUCCCAUUGCUUGGAAAUUAAUAGUUCACCAUCCUGUUCAUGUAUGCCAAAUUACAGUGGUAGCCCACCAAAUUGUCGACCAGAAUGUACUGUUAAUACAGAUUGUUCAAGUGAUAAAGCAUGUAUAAACGAAAAGUGUGUAGAUCCAUGCCCAGGCUCGUGCGGUGUUAACGCUGAGUGUAGAGUUCAAAGUCACGUAUCAAUUUGUACUUGUUUCGAAGGCUACGUCGGUGAUCCAUUCACAAGAUGUUCUUUGAAGCGUGAAAGUGAACCAGUUGCUAUUAAUCCUUGUAAUCCCUCUCCAUGUGGGCCAAAUGCUGUAUGCGAUAAUGGUGUGUGCACAUGUUUACCCGAAUACCACGGUGAUCCCUAUUUCGGUUGCCGCCCUGAAUGCACGAUCAGCUCUGAAUGCCCUAUGGACAAGGCUUGUGUGAGGCAGCACUGUGUGAAUCCUUGUAUAAAUACUUGUGGUGUUAAUGCACUAUGCGAAGUUAUCAAACAUAUGGCAAUUUGUAUAUGUCCUCCAAAUUAUUCCGGAAAUGCAUUUGUACAAUGCAGCAUUGUUAAAGACAUCGUGCCACAAAAUCCUUGUCAACCAAGCCCUUGUGGGCCUUAUAGCCAGUGCAAAGAAUAUAACGGCCAGGCCAUUUGCACAUGUACUUCUGGAUAUCUUGGUGCGCCUCCGUCUUGUCGUCCCGAAUGUGUGGCCAGCUCUGAUUGUCCUUUGAACAAAGCGUGUAGUAAUCAGAAAUGCAUUAACCCGUGUGAUGGUACUUGUGGUGUUUCUGCAAUAUGUCAAGUGAUCAAUCACAAUCCAAUAUGUUCAUGUCCUACAGAGAUGACAGGAGACCCGUUCACAAGAUGCAUUUUUAUUCCAAUAAAAACUGAGCCUGUGGAAAUAACAAACCCUUGUCAACCGUCACCUUGCGGGCCAAAUUCGAUUUGUCAACCAACCGCAUCCGAAACUCCGUCAUGUCUAUGUAUGCCUGAUUUUAUUGGAUCACCACCAAACUGUCGUCCGGAAUGUAUAUCGAAUAAUGAAUGCUCACAACAAUUAGCUUGUAUUAACAAGAAAUGUCAAAAUCCGUGUCUUCAAGCCUGUGGAACGAAUGCGGAAUGUCGAGUAAUAAGUCAUACAGCAGCAUGCGUGUGCCCAGACGGAUAUAGCGGUGAUGCAGCUAUACAGUGCACUAUCAAUGCGUUGAUACCUACGGAAACCUUGUCACCAUGUACACCUUCACCGUGCGGAUCCAACGCUGAAUGUAGGGAAAAUUCAGGAGCAGGCGCAUGUGUUUGCAUAACUGGCUAUUUCGGUGAUCCAUAUGAAGGCUGUCGACCGGAGUGUGUCGUUAACUCGGAUUGCCCGAGCAACAAAGCCUGCUCAAGAAAUAAAUGCACUGACCCAUGUCCAGGUACAUGCGCAGUCAAUGCGGAUUGUCAAGUUGUAAAUCAUUCACCUUUGUGCACUUGUCGCCUUAUGUACACAGGAGAUCCGUUCAGAUACUGUACAUUCCAAGAACGUGAAGAGAUCCGAACAAAUCCCUGUCAACCAUCGCCAUGUGGACCCAAUAGUCAAUGUCGAGUGACUAACGGUCAGAGUGUAUGCUCAUGUCUAGCUGAUUACCGUGGGUCUCCGCCCAACUGUCGGCCAGAAUGUGUCGUGAGCACAGAAUGCCCUACCGAUAAGACGUGUUUGAAUAACAAAUGUGUAUCACCAUGUCCUGGACCUUGUGGUCUAAAUACUGAUUGUAGAAUUAUUAAUCACAGUCCGAUCUGUACUUGUAAAGACACUUACACUGGAGAUCCAUUCUCUAGCUGUUAUAAAAUUAUAGUUUCAGUAUUUACUCCUGUAACAAGGGAUCCUUGUAUGCCCUCACCAUGUGGACCAAACUCACAAUGCCAAAACAGAAAUGGUGUGCCAUCUUGUUCUUGCCAACCAAACUUUGAAGGUAGUCCACCUAAUUGUCGUCCAGAAUGUACUAUUAACGAAGACUGCUCAAGCAAUUUGGCGUGUAUUAAUCAAAAAUGCGUAGAUCCUUGUCCCGGCUCAUGCGGCCUUAAUGCUGAAUGCCAUACUAUGAACCAUGUAGCAAUUUGUACUUGCCUAGAGAAUUACAUAGGAAACGCAUUCGUACAGUGUAACCUGAAGCCUUUACAAGUUGAAGUCGACUUAUGUAAUCCUUCACCUUGUGGAGCUAAUGCUGAAUGCGAUAACGGUAAAUGCCGCUGUAUACCUGAAUUCCACGGUGAUCCGUAUAGCGGCUGUCGACCUGAAUGUGUACAAAGCUCUGACUGUGAACGCAAUAAAGCUUGUAUCAAAAACAAAUGCAUGGAUCCUUGCCCAGGCACAUGCGCUCCUACCGCCGUAUGUAACGUAGUCAAUCACAUCCCAAUGUGCAGCUGCCCUGAUCGAACUACGGGUAAUGCAUUUUUAGAAUGUCGCCAAAUUGUAGAGCUAAUCAAUAUCAAUCCCUGCCAUCCCUCGCCGUGUGGUCCAAACAGUCAGUGCAGGGAAUUUAAUGGACAAGCUGUGUGCUCUUGCGCACCUAACACUAUCGGUACACCUCCCGCUUGCCGGCCUGAAUGUAUAAUUAGUGCUGAGUGUCGCUUAGACCAAGCUUGCAGCAACCAACACUGUGUAAAUCCGUGUGUUGGAGCGUGCGGUGUAAAUGCGGAGUGCAAAGUAGUAAAUCACAAUCCUAUAUGUAGCUGUCCAUCAACUUAUACAGGAGAUCCGUUCUCUAGAUGUUUAAUUUUACCAGAAAAACAGAAAGAUCGUUUGAAUGUUUGCACACCUUCUCCUUGUGGCCCCAAUUCAAUAUGUAAGGAUAUCAACGAAGUACCUUCAUGUACUUGUUUAGAAGGUUAUACCGGCCAGCCGCCAUACUGCAAGCCUGAAUGUACCAGUAACGAAGAAUGCGCAUCACACUUAUCUUGUAUUAACAUGAAAUGUGUCAAUCCAUGCGAAGGAGUGUGUGGUAUUAACGCUGAAUGUAAAGUAGUCAGUCAUUCUCCUAUUUGUUUGUGUGCUCACGGAUACGUAGGAGAUCCUUUCUUUGGCUGUACCCGCGAAGUGGCUUAUAUUAAAGAAAUCUCAACACCUUGCUCGCCGUCACCGUGCGGAUCAAACGCAGUUUGUAAAGAAAGAAAUGAUGCGGGAUCUUGUUCAUGCAUGGAAGGUUACAUCGGUAACCCUUACGAAGGUUGUCGACCGGAAUGUGUCAUCAACACAGACUGCCCGUCUAAUAAAGCUUGCAUAAGUAAUAAAUGUAAAGACCCCUGUCCUGGUAGCUGUGGAACAAAUGCCAUAUGCCAAGUAGUUAAUCACCUGCCACUGUGUACAUGUUUACUUGGCUACACCGGAGACCCUUUUAAAUACUGUGUUUUCGAAGAACCAGUCCAAAUGAUACCAUCCACCGAUUUGUGCUACCCCUCACCAUGUGGACCUAACAGUCAGUGUAAAGUGAGCAAAGAGCAAGCUAUCUGCUCCUGUUUGUCAGGCUAUGAAGGAACUCCACCGAACUGUCGACCCGAGUGUGUAGUAAGCUCGGAGUGUCCACGCGAUAAGGCUUGUGUUAGCAACAAAUGUAUCAAUCCCUGUCCGACACCCUGUGGGCUCAAUACAAAUUGUAAAAUUAUUAACCACAGUCCAAUUUGUUCAUGCAAGACGUCAUUCACGGGAGAUCCGUUUACCAUAUGCACCCGCGUAAUCUAUGAACCACCUCCAGACGUAACAAACCCAUGUGUGCCAUCUCCAUGUGGUCCUAAUGCUGAGUGUCGAAAUAUCGGAAAUACCCCGUCAUGUUCGUGUCUCGUGAAUUUUAUUGGCAGUCCACCAAAUUGCCGACCAGAAUGUAGCAUACACUCGGAUUGCGCUACUGACCGUGCUUGUAUAAACUCCAAGUGCAAAGACCCUUGCCCUGGGUCCUGUGGUAUUGCAACUUCCUGCACCGUUCUUAAUCAUAUACCAAUUUGCACUUGUCUUGAAGGCUAUGUAGGGGAUCCAUUUACGAGCUGCAGGCUACAGCCCUUGCAAGUGGAACCAGUGACUGUCGAUGCUUGUACAACUGUGAGAUGCGGAUCUAACGCUGUUUGCAUUAAUGGACAAUGUCAGUGCCUACCAGAAUACCAUGGCGAUCCAUACUUCAAUUGUCGUCCCGAAUGUGUAUUUAGUGCAGAUUGUGAUCAGAACAAAGCUUGCGUUCAACAAAAAUGCGUCGAUCCCUGUAUAGACACCUGUGGCAUCAACGCUAAUUGCCAAGUUAUAAACCACAUACCAAUGUGCACUUGCAACAAUGGAUUUAGUGGAAAUGCGUUCGUAAUCUGCAAUCCAAUAAAAGCUCCAGCAUCUGAACAUCCUUGUAGUACAGCCCUAUGUGGACCAAAUAGUCAGUGUCGUGAAAUCAACAACCAAGCCGUAUGCUCUUGUUUGCCUACUUACUUGGGAGUGCCACCUGCUUGUCGACCAGAGUGUGUUGUAAGCGCGGAAUGCUCACAAAACCAAGCGUGUAGUAAUCAAAAAUGUGUAAAUCCAUGUAUUGGAUCAUGUGGACUAAAAGCGACGUGCGAAGUUAUUAACCACAACCCAAUAUGUUCAUGUCCAGACGGUCUAUCAGGAGAUCCCUUCGUAGAAUGUUCAUUUAUAGCAAGUUCACCUCCAGAAACGAUUAAUCCUUGUCAACCAUCACCAUGUGGACCCAACUCCAUAUGUCAAGAGGUCAACGGAAACCCAUCUUGUUCUUGUAUGGCAGAAUUCAAAGGACAACCUCCUUAUUGUAGACCAGAAUGUAUAAGCAACAGUGAAUGUUCAUCUCAUUUAGCUUGUAUCAACCAAAAAUGUAAAGAUCCGUGCAUAGGCGUUUGUGGUACCAGCGCUGAAUGUAGGGUCGUCAGUCACUCUGCCAUGUGCGUGUGUCCUCAGGGAUAUGAAGGCGAUCCAUUCACUCGAUGUAUUAUUAGAACAGCGGUUGAAAUUUUGAGUCCAUGCACACCUUCACCGUGUGGCCCAAACGCAGUAUGCAAAGAACAAAAUAAAGUGGGAUCUUGCACAUGUAACGAAGGUUAUUUCGGUAAUCCUUACGAAGGCUGUCGCCCAGAAUGUGUUUCCGACUCCGACUGCCCAGGAAAUAGGGCUUGCAUUAACAACAAAUGCCAAGAUCCUUGUCCCGGGACGUGUGGAGUCAACGCAGAGUGUACCACUAUAAACCAUUCACCUACAUGCACAUGCAUAUCAGGUUAUACGGGGGAUGCGUUCCGAAGAUGUAGCCCUAUACCUUUGCAAGUAGAACCUGUAAACGUUUGUUAUCCCAGCCAAUGUGGCCCCAACAGUCAGUGCAAAGUUAUAAACGGCUUGGCAGUUUGUAGCUGUUUGCCAAACUUUUUCGGAGAACCUCCAACCUGCAAGCCGGAAUGCACUCUCAGCUCGGACUGUGCCUCAGAUAGGGCAUGUGUGAAUCAAAAAUGUGUAAAUCCCUGCCCUGGCCCAUGCGGACAAAAUGCAGAAUGUCGAGUGGUCCAUCAUAACCCAAUUUGUAGCUGUUUGCCAGGCCAUACGGGAGAUCCAUUUUCCAGAUGUUAUAUUAGACCAGUGACAUCUCCGCAAGUGGAAGACACUAGGCAACCAUGUGUACCAAGCCCUUGCGGUCUCAAUGCCGAGUGUCGUGAUGUGGGAGGUCAAGCCGCUUGUUCGUGCCUCCAGGGAUACUUUGGUAGCCCGCCUAACUGUAAACCGGAAUGUACCACAAAUCAAGACUGUAUUAGUUCGCUUGCAUGCACCAAUGAAAAGUGCAUUGAUCCCUGCCUUGGUUCGUGUGGUAAUAAUGCAAGAUGUUUUGUCAUAAAACACACUGCCAUUUGUACUUGUCUCGAUGGCUACAAAGGAGAUCCAUUCACAUCUUGCCAAUUAGAACCAAUACAAGAUGUAAGAAUUGAUCCGUGCAAUCCAUCUCCAUGUGGCUCCAAUACGGAAUGCAAUAAUGGCGAAUGCUCCUGUUUAUCGGAAUAUCACGGCGAUCCUUACGUUGGUUGCCGACCGGAAUGUACAGUUAGUACGGAUUGUGCGAGAAAUCUAAUUUGUACAAACAAAAAAUGUGUUAACCCCUGUCCCGACAUGUGUGGUCAAGGGGCUGUGUGUGAAGUUUUCAACCACGUACCGAUGUGCAGCUGUCCUGCCGGCUUUACUGGCAAUUCUUUUGUAUCUUGUAAUCUUGUUCAAGUACCGUUGUCAGCAAAUCCGUGCAACCAACAUCCAUGUGGGCCUAAUAGUCAAUGCCGUGAAGUGAAUAAUGUUGCUGUUUGCUCUUGCAUACAAGGGUACAUAGGAAAUCCACCCGCUUGUAGACCCGAAUGUACUACUAGCUCUGAAUGUCCAUUAAAUAAAGCUUGUAAUAAUUAUAAAUGCAUUGAUCCAUGCAUUGGAGCGUGUGGUGUAAAUGCUUUGUGUGAAGUUGUAAAUCAUAAUCCUAUAUGUUCGUGCCCAGUGGAGCUCACUGGGGAUCCAUUUAGCAGAUGUAUUCCCAGACCACUAGAAAUACCACCUCAAGUAAACCCAUGUGAACCUUCGCCUUGUGGACCUAACUCUAUUUGCCAAACUAUCAAAGAAACGCCUUCUUGUUCUUGCAAGCCAGAAUUUAUUGGAACUCCGCCGAGCUGUCGUCCUGAAUGCACUAGUAAUAGUGAAUGUUCGAAUAACUUAGCCUGCAUAAAUAGCAAAUGCCAGGACCCAUGUAUUGGUGCUUGCGGUUCAUUGGCGCAAUGUCGAGUCGUUAGUCACACUCCAAACUGCUUAUGUCCUCAAGGAUUUAUGGGUGACCCAUUUGUUGCUUGUCAAGUACAACACAUUGCGGUCUAUGAAAAACCAACGCCAUGCACGCCUUCACCAUGUGGUAGCAACGCUAUCUGUAAGGGACGUAACAACGUCGGAUCUUGUACGUGUAAUGAGGGAUACUUUGGAAACCCAUAUGAAGGAUGUCGACCUGAAUGCACAGUUAAUACAGAUUGUCCGUCCAAUAGAGUUUGUCAGCAAAACAAAUGUCAAGAUCCUUGUCCCGGUACUUGCGGUGUAAACGCACAAUGUCAAACUGUUAAUCAUGCACCAAUAUGUACCUGCAUUCCGGGUUAUACAGGAAAUCCAUUCCAAAAUUGCGCCUUAAUAAGAUAUGAUGUUGAAAUACACACUACUCCAUGUGUACCUUCACCUUGUGGACCAAAUAGUGUUUGCAAAACAUACAAUGAGCAAGCAAUAUGUACUUGCAUGCCAGAAUAUAGAGGAACUCCUCCAAAUUGCAGGCCAGAAUGCGUAAUCAGUGCUGAAUGUCCUUCAGAUAAAGCAUGUGUUUCACAGAAGUGUGUCGAUCCAUGUAUAGGUCAAUGCGGACAAAAUUCCAGAUGUUUGGUUAUAAAUCACAGUCCCAUUUGUACUUGCCUCGAGCAUUUUACAGGCGAUCCAUUUAGCCGCUGUUACCCAAUAACAGUUUACAUUCCCGAAUUACAAGCUGACCCUUGUUUACCAUCACCUUGUGGACCGUUUAGUGAAUGUCGAGAAAACAACGGUGUUCCAUCUUGUACUUGUCAACCAAACUAUCUAGGCUCACCACCAAAUUGCCGACCGGAAUGUGUUAUUAACUCUGAGUGUCCCAGUAAUUUAGCAUGUAUCAAUCAGAAAUGUAAAGAUCCUUGUCCAGGAUCGUGUGGCAUAAAUGCUCAAUGUAUAAUUAAAAAUCAUAUACCCAUUUGUACCUGCUACGAUAAUUAUAUAGGUGAUGCAUUUACUGAAUGUAAACUUCAAGAAAUAGUAAGUGAUGUUACUGAUCCUUGUAAUCCAUCUCCAUGUGGCGCAAACGCAGUUUGCAAUGAUGGAAUAUGUUCAUGUCUACCAGAAUAUAACGGUGAUCCUUACUUCGAAUGCCGCCCUGAAUGUAUUUUGAGUUCCGACUGCGCUCAAAACAAAGCGUGUUAUAAAAAUAAGUGCGUCAAUCCUUGCAACAGCGGCGUAUGUGCCCCAAAUGCCAUAUGUGAAGUAAUUAAUCAUGUACCGAUGUGCAAGUGCCCAGUUGAAAUGACAGGAAAUGCCUUUGUUUACUGCUCAGUACUAGAAGUUGAAAAACUACAACCGUGUCAACCAAAUCCAUGCGGACCAAACAGUCAAUGUCGAGAUAUAAAUGGACAAGCUGUAUGUUCAUGCUUAGUAGGUUAUAUCGGAAGUCCGCCGUCUUGUAGACCAGAAUGUGUCGUCAGUAGUGACUGCUUACCAGAUGAGGCAUGUAACAAUUUGAAAUGUAUCAAACCAUGUCAAGGAGCAUGUGGCAUUGGUGCUAAAUGUCAAGUUAUUAAUCAUAAUCCAAUUUGUUCUUGCCCGCCAUCAUACACAGGAAAUCCUUUCACAAGAUGUAUUGUGCAAGAAACAAUACCAGAGAUAAUCAAUGCCUGUAUUCCAUCGCCGUGCGGACCCAACUCUAUCUGCCAAGAGCAUUCAGGCACACCAACCUGCUCAUGUCAACCUGGCUAUGUUAGUGCACCACCGCAUUGUAAGCCAGAAUGUAUAAGUAAUUCUGAAUGUCCUACUCAUCGUGCCUGCAUAAAUGAAAAAUGUACAGAUCCCUGCGUAAAUUCUUGUGGUUCCAAUGCAGAAUGUCAUGUCAUCAGUCAUUCCCCAUCAUGCUCAUGUAUGGCUGACUAUACAGGUGAUCCAUUUAUUGAAUGUCGCAUAAUAGAAAUUGUACAAGAACCCCUUUCGCCUUGUCAGCCUUCUCCUUGUGGAGCCAAUGCUAUUUGUAAAGAAUUCAAUGGUGCCGGAUCAUGUACUUGCAUACCGGAAUAUUUCGGCAAUCCUUACGAAGGCUGCAGACCUGAGUGUCAAAUAAAUUCUGACUGCCCUUCGAACAAAGCAUGUCUUAACAACAAAUGUCAAGAUCCAUGCCCUGGCGCUUGCGCACCGAAUGCUGUGUGCCAGGUGGUAAAUCAUGCGCCUUCAUGUUCGUGUGUCGUCGGCUUUACGGGAGAUCCAUUCCGAUACUGUACACCUAAACAAACUUUGGAGAUAUCAGUAAACAUCUGUCAACCAUCUCCUUGUGGACCUAAUAGCCGUUGUCAAGAAGUUAACAAACAAGCUGUUUGUUCAUGCUUACCGAAUUAUAUAGGCUCUCCUCCAAGUUGUCAUCCCGAGUGUGUCAUAAGUACAGAAUGCAUGAAUGACAAGGCGUGUCUAAACCAACGGUGUGUCGAUCCCUGUAUCGAUGUAUGUGGGGUUAACGCCGAAUGUAAAGUUAUAAAUCAUAGCCCCAUCUGCAGUUGUAGAGCACUUUACACUGGCGAUCCAUUUACAAGAUGUAAUCCUCUACCACCACCUGUAGCAAAUGCAGUUCUAGAACCAUACAAGAACCCUUGUAUUCCGUCACCUUGUGGACCUAACUCAAUAUGUCAAGAAAUUGGUCAAAUACCAUCUUGUGCAUGCAUGUCUACAUUUGUUGGUAACCCACCUAAUUGCAGACCAGAAUGUGUGGUGAAUUCAGAAUGUUUACCGUCGCGGGCAUGUAUUAACCAGAAAUGUCAGGAUCCUUGUGAAGGUGCUUGUGGAAUAGCAGCAAUAUGUUCAGUAUCCAGGCAUACGCCUAUCUGUACUUGCCCUGAGGGUUACACUGGAGAUGCAUUUACAGUUUGCAACCCCAAGCCUCCACCAGAAUAUGACACUGUCGACAAAUGUAAUCCAUCGCCUUGUGGUACUAAUGCUAUCUGCAAUAACGGGUUGUGUUCCUGUAUUGAAGAACAUCAAGGAGACCCUUAUAUUGGAUGUCGUCCAGAGUGUGUUCUUAGUAACGAUUGCCCUAGAGACAAGGCGUGUAUAAAAAAUAAAUGUUCCGAUCCAUGCCCGGGCGCAUGUUCUACAUCUGCUGUCUGUAGUGUUAUAAACCAUGUACCCAUGUGCAGCUGUCCUCAAGGAAUGACUGGUAAUGCUUUCUACGGCUGCGAAACUAUAAAAGUUCCAUUACUAAGCAACCCAUGUAUUCCAUCUCCCUGUGGACCGAAUAGCCAGUGCCGAGAGAUCAAUGGACAAGCUGUAUGCACAUGUACUGUCGGUUAUAUUGGCAGUCCACCUUUAUGUCGACCUGAAUGUAUAGUCAGCUCAGACUGCCCUCAAAACAAGGCGUGCAGCAACCAGAAAUGUAUAGACCCAUGCAAAGGUUCCUGUGGCGUAGAUGCGAAAUGCGCUGUUGUAAAGCACAAUCCAAUAUGCACUUGUCCACCUAAAUAUACUGGCGAUCCAUUCAUAAGAUGUUUACCUUUCAGUCCAGUAGAAGUCGAAACUACGCCCUGCACUCCUUCGCCAUGUGGUGCGAAUGCUAUAUGCAGAGAAGUAGCCGGUGCUCCUUCCUGUGCCUGUAUGUCGAAUUAUUUCGGUUCGCCCCCGUACUGUAGGCCGGAGUGUUCCAGCAACAGCGAGUGUCCAAUAAGUCAAGCUUGUAUCAAUCAAAAAUGCCGAGACCCUUGUUUAAGUGCCUGUGGCCAAAAUGCAAACUGUAAAGUAGUCAGUCAUUCUCCAUUAUGCUUCUGUGACACUGGAUACGAAGGUGAUCCGUUUACACUUUGUCAAAUACGUCUUCAAAUAGUCGUUGAAAAUAUAUCACCGUGCACGCCAUCCCCCUGUGGAGCAAAUGCUGUAUGCAAAGAAUAUAAUUCAGCAGGCUCUUGCAGUUGCUUAGCAGAUUAUAUUGGAAACCCAUAUGAAGGAUGCCGCCCCGAAUGUACGGUGAACACAGAUUGUACGCCAGAUAAAAGUUGUAUUCGAAACAAGUGUCAAAACCCUUGUCCUGGUACAUGUGGAAUAAUGGCUACAUGUGUAACUGUCAAUCAUUUACCAGUUUGCACCUGUUCUCCUGGAUAUACUGGAGAUCCAUAUCGCAAAUGUAAUGUGUUAAAAGAAAUAAGUUACGAUACUGUUACUCCAUGUGUUCCAAAUCCUUGCGGUCCAAACAGUGUAUGUCAUCCAGCUAACGGUCAAAGCGCAUGUUCGUGUAUGCCUAAUUACAUCGGAUCUCCACCAGGCUGUCGACCAGAAUGCACAGUUAGCUCAGAAUGUCCGAUCAACAAAGCUUGCAUUAAUCUCAAGUGUGUGGAUCCAUGCCCUGGUCACUGUGGUACUAAUACCGAAUGUAAAGUGUUUACUCACAGCCCUAUUUGUUCAUGUAAGCCGGGUUACACUGGCGAUCCCUUUACCAGAUGCUAUGUACAACCACCGGUUCAGUUUAUUCCUGAAGUACAAAGGAAUCCUUGUGUUCCUAAUCCUUGCGGUGAAAAUUCAAUUUGUCGAGAUGUUAAUGGAGGACCAUCGUGUUCCUGUAUGCCAGAUUUCCAAGGACUUCCACCGAAUUGUAGACCGGAAUGUGCUAUCAACCAAGAUUGUUUAUCAAAUUUGGCAUGCUUUAAUAUGAAAUGUCGCGAUCCAUGCCCAGGCAGCUGCGGACAAAACGCCAUUUGUAGCGUAUUUAACCAUUAUCCAGCCUGCUCUUGUACACCUGGAUUUACUGGUGAUCCGUUCACAAACUGUUACGUGAUUCCCAUUCGAGAUGAAAUUCUACAAGAUCCAUGCAACCCAUCACCGUGUGGUUUCAAUGCCGAAUGUAAUAAUGGUAUAUGCACAUGUAUAAACGAAUAUUAUGGUGAUCCUUAUGUAGGAUGUAAACCAGAAUGUAUAACAAAUAUGGACUGCUCAUCUGACAAAGUAUGCUCAAGAAAUAAAUGUAUAAAUCCGUGUCCAGGAGCAUGUGCCGCAACAGCUGAAUGUAAUGUUUACAACCAUAUUCCUAUGUGCUCAUGUCCUCAAGGAAUGGCCGGAAACGCUUUUAGAGAAUGUUAUAAAGUGGAAAUUGCGCAAGUACAACCAUGCAGCCCUAGUCCAUGUGGACCAAAUAGUCAGUGUCGAACGAGCAACAAUCAAGCAGUAUGCACCUGUUUGCCAACAUUUAUUGGCACUCCACCCUCCUGUCGUCCAGAAUGCACAAUUAGCGCUGAAUGCCCGCUAGAUCAAGCGUGUAACAAUCAAAAAUGUAUAAACCCUUGUAAAGGCAGCUGUGGAUACAAUGCUAGAUGUGAAGUAGUGAACCACAACCCGAUAUGUUCGUGCCCUGCACAAUUUACUGGCGAUCCGUUUACCAGCUGCAACCCAAUCGUUACUGCUGCGGAAGUACCCAUUGAUCCAUGCACACCGUCACCAUGUGGCCCGUACUCAGUGUGCAGGGUGAUCGGUGAAUCACCAUCGUGCUCUUGCCAAACGGAAUAUAUGGGAUCUCCACCUAAUUGCCACCCUGAGUGUGUUAGUAAUUCGGAGUGCCCCAGCAAUCAGGCAUGCAUCAAUCAGAAAUGUAAAGAUCCUUGCCCUGGAAGCUGCGGAUACAAUGCAGAUUGUAGGAUUAUAAGUCACGCUUUGAUAUGUUCGUGUCCUUAUGGACAAACUGGCGAUCCCUUAGUUUCUUGCAGUCCCAUCAAAGAUUCUGUUAUAGAAUACAAUUCACCAUGCGAUCCGUCACCUUGUGGUCUCAAUGCAGAGUGCACAGCAAGGAAUUCAGCCGGCUCCUGUAAAUGUCUUGAAAAUUUCGUCGGCGAUCCCUAUGAAGGAUGUCGUCCGGAGUGUAUCAUCAAUACUGACUGCAGUCCUACACAAGCUUGUAUCCAAAACCGAUGUAAAGAUCCGUGUCCUGGUAUAUGCGCACCUAAUGCAAUAUGCCAAGUUGUAAAUCAUGUACCGUCGUGCCAUUGUCCACCAGGACUUACCGGAGACUCCUACUCUUACUGCAUAGAUAAAGUGGAAGAUUUCGUUAAGGUGUCCCCCUGUACGCCUUCACCUUGUGGACCCAAUAGCCAAUGUCGCGAAGUUAAUUCCCAAGCAGUAUGCAGCUGCAGCGACACUUACAUGGGUACACCGCCUCAUUGUCGCCCCGAAUGUACAAUUAAUAGUGAAUGUGCAACUGACAAAGCUUGUUUGAAUCGAAAGUGUGUCGACCCGUGUAUAGGCCAAUGUGGGAGAAACGCAAACUGUAGAGUAAUCGGGCAUAACCCAAUGUGUUCUUGUCAAGAACAUUACACGGGAGAUCCAUUUUCCUACUGUAUGCCUCAACCCAUUUCAAUAUCACCGCCGUCGCAAGUAUUGAAUCCUUGCGUGCCGUCACCCUGUGGAGCAAAUUCGUUAUGUGAAGAUCGUGGUGGCAUAUCUCGCUGUAGCUGUCUUCCAAAUUACAUGGGUACACCGCCGCGCUGUAGACCUGAAUGUACCAUCAAUUCUGAAUGCAGCGCUAUCACAGCCUGCAUUAAUAAUCGGUGUACUGAUCCUUGCCCAGGAGCAUGCGGAAGCAAUGCUCAAUGUAUAGUCUACAACCAUCUACCUAUCUGUUCCUGUCUACCGAGUUACAGCGGUGAUCCAUUCACACAAUGCAAUGUGAUAAUUAAAGAUAUAGAACUCAUCGACCCUUGUUCACCAUCACCUUGUGGAUCAAAUGCUGUAUGCAACGACGGUACUUGCACCUGCUUACCGGAGUACUUCGGCGACCCGUACUUUGGGUGUAAACCAGAAUGUGUGUUAAAUUCUGAUUGUCAACGCAAUAGAGCUUGCAUGAGAAACAAAUGCAGUGAUCCUUGUGUCGGAACGUGUGGAAGUGACGCAGUGUGCAAUGUUAUAAACCAUAUACCCGUAUGCUCUUGUCCGAGUGGAACUACCGGAGAUCCUUUCCACUACUGUACUAAAUUAAUAGAAAUCGUAAAUAGAAAUCUAUGUGAACCGUCGCCUUGUGGACCAUUUAGCCAGUGCAGAGAUGUAAAUGGACAUGCCGUAUGCAUUUGUAUGCCUGGUUAUGUUGGUAGUCCUCCAAACUGCCGCCCAGAAUGUACUGUGAGCUCCGACUGUGCCCUGAAUCGAGCUUGUUCGAAUCAAAAAUGUUUAGAUCCCUGUCCCGGUGCCUGUGGUAGAAACACAAAUUGCAUCGUUGUUAAUCACAACCCAGUAUGCUCAUGCUUGACUGGAUUUUCUGGAGAUCCUUUUUCUGUCUGUCAACCCAUUGCUGCUCAGCCACCAAUGAAAAUAAAUCCUUGUUUGCCUUCACCUUGCGGACCUAACUCAAUUUGUACAGAAAAUGGAGAUAAUGCUGACUGUAAAUGCAUGACAGAAUUUAUAGGAGUACCACCUAACUGUCGCCCUGAAUGUACUAGUAACAGUGAAUGUCAAACAACUAUGGCUUGUAUAAAUAAAAAAUGUCAGGAUCCUUGCCCUGGUUCUUGUGGUGUAAAUGCGGAAUGCAGAGUCGUCAGUCACACCCCAAUAUGCUUAUGCCAAAACGGCUAUACUGGGGAUCCUUUCCUAUACUGCAAUAUUAUAAUUGCACAAAUAGAACAAGAGAGACCAACACCGUGCAUACCAUCCCCCUGUGGUGCUAAUGCUGAAUGCAGAGAGCAAAAUGACAUAGGAUCUUGCACGUGUCUACCUGGAUACUUUGGUGACCCCUACGUAUCUUGCAAGCCUGAAUGUGUAUUAAAUUCAGAUUGUCCAUCUAACAAAGCUUGUUACAUAAAUAAGUGCCGCGAUCCUUGUCCGGGCACGUGCGGCAUAAAUGCAUUAUGUAAUGUUGUCAACCAUAUACCAAGUUGUAGCUGUCCUGAACAACAUUAUGGUGACCCAUACAAAAUUUGUACUUUUAAACCUCAAGUGGAAAAAAUUGACCCCUGCAAUCCUUCUCCAUGUGGACCAAAUAGUCAAUGUAGAGUUCAGAACGAUAUAGCUAUAUGUACAUGUGUCAGUGGAUACCAAGGAUCACCGCCAGACUGUCGGCCGGAAUGUAUUACGAGCGCUGAAUGUUCUCUAGACAAGAUGUGUGAAAAUUUCAAAUGCAUAAAUCCGUGUCCAAGAGGUUGCGGUAUGAACACAAACUGCCGAGUUAUUAAACAUAAUACGAUUUGCUCAUGUAAAGAAGGAUACACAGGAGAUCCAUUUUCAAUUUGUUAUAUCCAGACUGAGCCUUCUGUAGUUGAAUCAACAAAUCCAUGCGUACCGUCUCCCUGUGGGUUAAAUGCUGAAUGUCGCAACGUAGGUGGAAUGCCUUCUUGCGCUUGCUUAACUGGAUUCUUCGGAAGCGCUCCUAACUGCAAGCCUGAAUGCGUACUCAACACUGAGUGCAGCAACGAUAAAGCCUGUAUAAACAUGAAAUGUCAGAAUCCAUGCAUAGGAUCUUGCGGAUUGUCUGCCAUGUGCAAUGUUAUUAACCACGUACCUAUGUGUUCUUGCCCCAUCGGAUAUGAAGGAGACCCGUUCGUAUCAUGUUCUAUCAAAACACCAGAAAUCAUUCAAGAUAUCAAUCCAUGCAACCCAUCGCCAUGUGGCCCUAACGCCAUUUGUAAUAUUGCCAACGGCGAAUGCACUUGUCUUCCCGAGUACCACGGAGAUCCCUACUUUAGUUGUCGUCCCGAAUGUGUGCUCAGCACCGAUUGUCCGUCGACAAAAACUUGUCUACGGAACAAAUGUAUUGAUCCAUGUAUUGACAUGUGUGGAAGAAACGCUGAUUGCAAUGUGUAUAACCAUGUCGCUGUAUGCAGUUGUCCAAGUGGAAUGACUGGAAAUGCUUUUGCCGAAUGCCUCCAAAUAAAAAAUCCAGUCACUAGACCGUGUGAACCUUCACCUUGUGGACCAAACAGUGUGUGCAGGGAAUUGAAUGGCCAAGCAGUUUGUUCCUGCAUACAAGGUUUCAUUGGUAAUCCACCAAGUUGCAGACCAGAGUGCAGUCAAAGUGCAGACUGUCCACCGUCAUUGGCAUGCAUCAAUAGAAAAUGUCAAGAUCCUUGCCCUGGAUCAUGUGCUUCUAAUGCUAUUUGUAACGUAAGGAACCACAAUCCAAUUUGUACCUGUCCACCGAGGUACACCGGAUCUCCAUUCACACAUUGCUAUGUUCAGAUUAUAGAAGAGCAAUCUAGUAACCCAUGCGCCUCGUCACCUUGUGGGCCCAAUGGCAUUUGUAAAUCAGCUCCUAAUUCUGAAACGUACACUUGCUCUUGUCAACCUACGUUUGAAGGAAAUCCACCUAAUUGUAAACGAGAAUGUACGGUCAAUGAAGAGUGCCCAUCUAGCCAAACGUGUAUAAAUUAUAAAUGCCAAAAUCCAUGUCCAGAUUCCUGCGGAUUUAAUACAGUUUGCACAGUUCGACAACAUAUUGUAAUGUGCUCAUGCAAAGAGGGCUAUAGUGGAGAUCCAUUUGCGUCAUGCCAACUAAUGCCACAAGUGAUUAAACCGCAAGAUCCCUGCGAUACAGCCCCGUGUGGCAUCAAUGCCAGAUGUAAUGUUUUAAAUAAUGGUGCCGCUACUUGCAUUUGUGAGCCUGGAUACUUUGGUAACCCUUACGAGUCCUGUAGACCUGAAUGUAUUGUAAAUACUGAGUGUCCGUAUAACAAAGCUUGCAUAAGAAAUAAAUGUGAAGAUCCAUGCCCAGGCGUAUGCGGUACUACAGCUAUUUGUGAUGUUAUAAAUCAUUUGCCUGUAUGUAAAUGUUCUCCGGGAUACACUGGCAAUCCAUAUGCGUACUGCCAUAAUAUUAUUUAUGAAUCUAAUCCCGAACCACAAAGACCUUGUGUUCCUAACCCAUGCGGCAGCAAUAGCAUUUGCAAAGACAAUAACGGUAUUGCUUCAUGUUCAUGUAUGUCAGAGUACAUUGGAACCCCGCCGAAUUGUCGCCCGGAGUGUACUGUAAAUUCUGAAUGCGAAAAGUCAAAGAGCUGUGUCAAUCAAAAAUGUGUUGACCCGUGUAUAGGCGUUUGCGGCCAAAAUGCAAUUUGCAAAGUAAUAAAUCAUGCACCUAUAUGUUCAUGUAGAGAAAACUACGAAGGGGACCCAUUUACAAGAUGCAUUAUAAUAAAAAAUAUACCAUCCAUCGAUAUUAACCCAUGCACACCAUCUCCUUGUGGACCAAACUCAAUUUGCCAGACUGUAAACAAGACACCAAUGUGUGCUUGUUUGGAAAACUUUAUUGGACUUCCACCAAACUGUAAACCAGAAUGUGCCGUGAACUCAGAUUGUCCUUCUAAUACAGCCUGUAUAAAUCGUAAAUGUCGAGAUCCGUGCCUCGGUUCCUGUGGCCUACAAACAAUGUGUCAAGUUCAUCAACAUUCUGCUGUAUGCAGUUGUCUUGAAGGAUAUACUGGAAACCCAUUCGAAAGUUGCUUUGUUAUGGAAGUAAUAGAACAUGUACCGGCUGUUUAUGACAAGUGUAACCCGAGCCCUUGUGGAGCUAAUACAAUCUGUAACGAUGGAGUUUGUACCUGUAAAACAAACUUCUUUGGAAAUCCUUACUUAAGUUGUAGACCUGAAUGCACUCAUAACUCUGACUGUUCAUUAAACCUAGCAUGUGUCAACAACAAAUGUCUGAAUCCAUGUUUAAACUUAUGUGGUCAAAAUGCAACGUGCGAUGUAUACAAUCACAUACCUAUGUGUAGCUGUCCUCGUAAUACUGUAGGCAACGCAUUCUUUGCGUGCACACCACUGGAAGUAGAGCAAGAGAAAAUAAAUCCAUGCGUUCCUUCUCCAUGCGGCCCCAACAGUCAGUGUCAAACAAUACAAAAUCAAGCUAUGUGUUCUUGUCUCCUGGGUUAUAUUGGAGUGCCACCAUCUUGCCGGCCCGAGUGCUUAGUUGAUUCAGAGUGCACAAGUGUGUUAUCGUGUUCUAAUCAGAAAUGCAUCAAUCCGUGUGAAGGGUCUUGCGGAUUAAACGCGGAAUGUAAAGUUCAUAAUCAUAAACCUAUAUGCUAUUGCCAAAGUGGACUAACUGGGGAUCCAUUUACACGUUGCUUAACCAUACAAUAUGAGAAUACUCCAAAAACGUCACCGUGCACGCCUUCCCCAUGUGGGCCAAAUUCUUUAUGUCGUGAAGUUGGAGAAACACCGUCUUGUAGUUGUUUGACUGGCUUUAUUGGAAACCCGCCAUAUUGUCGUCCUGAAUGUAUAACCAAUAGUGAAUGUACUUUCGACAAAUCUUGUAUAAACAACAAGUGUGCCGACCCUUGUAUCGGUGCCUGCGGACGUAAUACAGAAUGUCGUGUGAUCAGUCAUUCACCUAUGUGUACUUGUAGCUCUGGAUAUGAAGGGGAUGCUUUUUACGAAUGUCAUCUUAUUAAAGUGUCCAUCCGACCGACGGCACAGAUCAAGCCAUGUUUGCCGAAUCCAUGCGGACCUAACGCUAUAUGUCAAGAACGAAAUGAAGCAGCAAGCUGUAUGUGCAUAAGUGGGUUCUUUGGAAACCCCUACGAAGGGUGCAGACCUGAAUGUGUGCUGAACUCUGAUUGUCCUCAACGUUUAACUUGUAUAAACGAAAAAUGCAAAGACCCAUGUAUAGGUUUUUGUGGAAUAAAUUCUGAAUGCCAAACGGUAAAUCAUGUGGCCAAAUGUUAUUGCGCUAAUGGUUACUCAGGUAAUCCAUAUGAUCGCUGUGCCAUAAGAGAAGAAGCUCCCAAAGACCCAUGUCAUCCGUCACCGUGUGGCCCGUAUAGUACAUGUCGAAAUGUCAAUGAACAAGCUAUAUGUACGUGUCAACCAGAUUUUAUGGGUAGCCCACCAAACUGUAGGCCAGAAUGUAUAACCAGUUCUGAGUGUCCGCUAAAUGAAGCUUGCAUUAAACAGAAAUGUGUAGAUCCUUGCAUCGGAACGUGCGGAGAAAAUGCUCAAUGUCGCGUGCACCGGCACAGCCCGUACUGCACCUGUCUUACAGGUUUUGAAGGCGACCCAUUCAUAAAAUGUACCAGAGUACAGAUAAUCGCUACAACAGUUAAAAGCCCAUGUGAACCAAGUCCUUGUGGUAUGUUUGCUAUCUGCAGAGAUGUUGGUGGCUCUGCUUCGUGCAGUUGCAAACCAGGUUACCUUGGGGUACCUCCACAAUGCUCUCCUGAAUGCACAAUUAAUGAAGAUUGUCCAAGAGAUAGGGCGUGUGUACGUGAAAAAUGCAUGGAUCCUUGCGUAGGAUCCUGUGGAAGUUAUACAGAAUGUCGUGCAAUGAAUCACCUCGCUAUUUGCACUUGUAUAGUAGGCUAUACCGGAGAUCCAUUUGUAAGGUGCUAUGAAAAAAUUAAAGAUCCAAUAAUCGUACCACCACUGGACGCCUGUGCGGUAACAUCCUGUGGCAUUAACGCACUAUGUGACAAUGGAACAUGUUCUUGUAUUCCCGAAUAUCAUGGCAAUGCUUACAUCGAAUGCCGACCAGAAUGUACUACCGAUGAUGAAUGCCAAAAACAAUUGGCAUGUGUUAAUUACAAAUGCAUUGAUCCCUGUAAAAAUGCCUGCGGUUUAGAUGCCAUAUGUAAUGUUUAUAAUCACUUGGCGAUUUGCGAGUGUCCAGCACCACUACAAGGGGAUCCGUUUAUUGCUUGCCGGCGCGUAAUAGCAACAAGUGUUACUGAUCCCUGUUCACCGAAUCCAUGUGGUCCGAAUAGCAUUUGUCAAGCAGCUGGUACUGUCGCUCACUGUUCGUGCCGAUCUGCCAUGUACGAGGAACCACCAAGCUGUCGCCCCGAGUGUCGUGUUGACACCGACUGUCCACCGAGUCUGGCUUGUCGCAAUAAUAAGUGUAGAGACCCAUGCCCAGGUUCAUGCGGAAUGCAUGCAAUAUGUCGAACUAAAUCACAUUCCCCAAUUUGCACUUGCCCUAGUCAUUACACCGGUGAUCCAUUUAUCCGUUGUGUGCCAGUUCUUGGAAUUGAAGCCGACACAAAAUCACCGUGUCCGGAUUGCGGUCUAAAUGCUGAUUGCGUUGAUGGCGUCUGCCGAUGCCGUGCAGAGUUCAUAGGCGCGCCACCAUUCUGUCGCCCCGAGUGUACCAAGUCUAGCGACUGUGACUGGAAGCUCAUGUGUUUAAACAGACGGUGCACUGACCCUUGCCCUGGAGCGUGUGGGCAGGGUGCCGUGUGUACAGCGUUCGCUCAUGAACCACGCUGCGAUUGUCCCCCAUCUACUACCGGCAACCCAGUUAUUGAAUGUCGACCCAUCGGAAAUAUUUUCAAACCGCCAAAUGACCCAUGCAACCCAUCACCAUGUGGUCCUGGCGCAAUAUGCCGCACAAGAGGUACCGGUGCAUCCUGUGAAUGUGAGCCGGGCUUACGUGGCGACCCCUACACUGGAUGUCGCCCUGAGUGUGUCGCAGAUUCCGACUGCUCACCAAACCGCGCAUGUAUCAGAUCACACUGUCGCGACCCGUGUCAAGGAACAUGCGGUGUCGGAGCUGAAUGUGAAACUGUUAACCACAUUCCUCUAUGUUCGUGUCCUUCAGGAACCAGAGGAAAUGCAUUCGAACGUUGUGACAUAAUCCCAUCAGCACCACCUUGUACACCAUCGCCUUGCGGACCCGGAGCAUUGUGCACCGUCGUAGGCAGUAGCGCCGUCUGCUCCUGUCCGAGUGGCACUAGUGGUAAUGCAGCCUCCACUGGAUGCCGGCCUGAAUGUGUUGUAAGCUCGGAAUGUCCACGUGAUCGGGCUUGUAUACGCAACAAAUGCGUCGAUCCAUGCAUUGGCACUUGUGGCAAUGGAGCGAUGUGCAGAGUAUUUGAUCACGCACCGAUAUGCUCGUGUCCGCCUUCUAUGACUGGCGAUCCGUUCCAAAACUGCCGAGUUAGAGAUACACCUCCUACGAGUCCGACAGUAUUUGAUCCUUGCGACCCUAAUCCAUGUGGACCUCACGGCACAUGCCGCGAAGGAUUCUGCACAUAUCCAGAGUGCAUUGUCAAUGAUGAUUGUCCCGGAGAUCGAUCCUGUAUCAAUAGGAAAUGCUCAGACCCAUGCAUCAAUGCCUGUGGUAUCAAUGCCAUAUGCACGGGUGUCAGACAUUCCGCUGUUUGUUCUUGCCCAGAGGGUUACACAGGACAUUCAUUUGUACGUUGUGAACGCAUCACUACUGUCACCGUAGCGCCACCUCUACCAGAGUGUGUGCGUGAUGAUCAAUGUGCCGACAACGCAGCUUGUAUUGAUACAAAAUGUACACCAGCAUGUGGACCUACAAAUUGCGGUAUAAAUGCUCGCUGCAUUGCAAAACAACAUAGAGCUCGCUGCACUUGUUUACCUGGCUACGAAGGUGAUGCUUACAGAGGCUGUUAUUCAGUUCAAUGUCACAGCAACAACGACUGUCCUGAUGACGAGAGUUGUGAUAGCGGCUCUUGUGUCAAAGUAUGUUUACGAGUCCGUUGCGGUCCUGAAGCACAUUGCUUUGCACGCGGUCAUGUAGCGUCUUGUGAAUGCGAUUCGGGAACUCGAGGAGAUCCAUGGACUGGCUGUCGUAGAGACGAAUGUACCCUGGACGAAGAUUGCCCCGCUUGGUUAGCGUGCAGAGGGAAAAAAUGUCAAGAUCCGUGCAUCGGCGCUUGUGCGCCCGAAGCACUUUGUAAUGUAGUCCGUCACACCCCAGUCUGCGAAUGCCCGCGUGCUACUCUAGGCGAUCCUAAAAUUGAAUGUAGACCAGUGCAAGACCGAAGCGAGUGCUCAAACGAUGCUGAGUGCGGCCCAGGAUUAGCUUGUUUACAAGAAACCUGCAAGAACCCUUGUGAUGCAUCAUCUUGUGGUACUCGAGCGGUUUGUCGAGUUGCGAAUACGCUGCCUUUCCGAACGCUAGUAUGCGAGUGUCCCCCACCAUUGACCGGAGAUGCUUCUGUGCAAUGCAAUCCCAGAGGCCAAUGUCAAGAGAACUCUGACUGUAGUGACGAGGAGCAAUGCCACCAAGGCCAAUGCAAGAACGUUUGUGUCUCCGGCGCUUGUGGAGUGGGCGCCGAGUGUCACGCCAGCGCACACCGCGCCUCGUGUACUUGCGUACCACCCCUGCAAGGAGAUCCCAAAGUUGCGUGCACACAAAUUGAAACCGGACCAAUGUGCUUGGCGGACGAGGAGUGCGGCACAGCGGAGGCGUGCAUCGGGCGGCGCUGCGUGUCGGCGUGCGCGGGCGCGUGCGGCGCGGGCGCGCUGUGCGAGGCUCACGCGCACCGCGCGCGCUGUCGCUGCCCGCCCGGCACUGCGGGCGACCCGGCGCGGGCUUGCUACACGCCGGAGUGCACUUCAGAUGACGACUGUCCAUUCGACAAGGCUUGCAUUAACGGCUACUGCAGAGACCCGUGCGCACAGGGACCGUGCGGGCGGGACGCGUUGUGCGAAGCUGUCGCCCACGCCGCCACGUGUCGCUGCCCGGCGGGCACUCAGGGCGACGCCCGCCGCGCUUGCAUCUCAGCGGUGUGCCACUACAACGAAGACUGCGAUGACACUCAAAUAUGCAACCGUCUGAAUAGAUUCUGUCAACCUGCGUGUUCCGAAAAUAGUUGCGCACCGGGUGCUAUAUGCACCGCCACCCUCCAUCGGCCGAUAUGCACGUGCCCACCCGGUCACAAUGGAGACCCAUACGUUCGCGGCUGUGUCACCGUACAGUUCACUGACGAAUGUUCCACUGACUCGGACUGCGCUCGUCCAUUAGGUUGUGUUAACGCCAAAUGUGUCGAUCUGUGCCAGGGCAAUCCAUGCGAUGCUGGACUUAUUUGUAAAACCGUCGAUAUAUUGCCGCUUCGCGCAGUCGCUUGCGUAUGUCCUGACGAAGGGCGCGCAGCACCGGACACCGGAUGCAGAUCACCGCCGGAAGCAGAGUGCUCUGCGGAUCCAGAUUGCGCCCCCAGCCAGACCUGUCGCCGUGGCAACUGUGUGGACGCCUGUAAAGCUGCACCGUGCGGACACAAUGCACUUUGCGAAUCAGCUGAUCACGUUUCCCGCUGCAGUUGUCCUCCAGGAUACCUCGGAAAUCCAAGAAUUGAAUGUAAUCCAGAAUCGAGACAGCCAUCAGUACUGGAAUGUUACAAAGAUGAAGAUUGCGGACUGGAACAAGCUUGUAGAGAACGAACUUGCAUAAAUCCGUGCAUGGACUCUUGUGGCCCUGGAGCUCUCUGUCGCGUCAUAAACCAUACACCACGCUGCUCUUGUCCAAUAGGUUACACUGGCAACGCAAACAUAAGGUGUACGCCGCCAUCGCAAGCUAUUAUACCAGUUGGUUGCAAAGCUAACUCUGAUUGUCCAUUAUCACAAGCAUGUAUAAAUGGUGCAUGUGGCAACCCAUGUCUUUGUGGUACCAACGCUGAAUGCACUGUGGUGAGACAUCACGCAGUUUGUUACUGUGAACGAAGUCACUCAGGAAAUCCUUACAUUGGAUGUAUUAAAGUUGAUUGCACAUCUGAUUCAGAAUGCCCUAAUAGCGACAUGUGUUACAAUGGAGCGUGUGUAAGCCCUUGUGUAAUAGAAGCUCCAUGUGCUGUGAGCGCUGAGUGCUUUGGCGAAAAUCACCGACCUCAAUGUCGCUGUCCAAUAGGCACUAAAGGAAAUCCAUACAACAAAUGUCAAGCAUUAGAAUGCGAAGUUAACAAUGAUUGCAAUGAUGAUAGUGUCUGUAUUAAGGGAGUUUGUUUGAACGCCUGUUCGGCCGAGGGACGUAAUCCAUGUGCCUAUAACGCAAAUUGUUUUGCUCGUAAUCACGCCGCAUUCUGCAAAUGUCCAGCUGCCCUUCCAAUGGGAGAUCCCUUGACAUAUUGUGAAAGAGCUAUAAUAAUUGGAGAACCGGAAUGUAAGAUGGAUGGCGACUGUCCCAGCGGACAAGCUUGCCUCAGAGAUGAAUGUCGCGACGCUUGUAAAGAACUUAAGCCGUGUGGAACAAACGCCCGUUGCUCCGUUUCUGACAGUAUUCCAUUCCGCACUUUGUUAUGUCGUUGCCCUGAAGGUUAUAUACCAGAUGAAAAGGGUUCAUGCAAACCAGCUCAAUUACCACCACUUAGCUGUUCGACGGACGAUGACUGCAGUGAUCAAGAAUCCUGUAUUAAUAGAAUCUGUAGGAACCCAUGUAACUGUGGAGACAAUACUGAAUGCUAUAUUCGAAACCAUAGACCUGUUUGUGCUUGCCGAGAAGGGUACGAUGGUAAUCCGUACCGACAAUGCCGUAUAGUUGGAUGCCGUACAAAUACUGAAUGUGAAUCAUACGAAGCAUGUGUCAAUGGGAACUGUGUCAGCCCAUGUUUAUUAAACAGCACAUGUGGCCCGAAUGCAGAAUGCUUUGUAGAAAGGUCACAACCACUUUGUCGUUGCCGGUCAGGAUUCGAAGGUGAUGCUUACUUCGGGUGCAAUGCCAUUGAAUGUAGAUCGAAUGGUGAUUGUUCUCUCGAUAAACAAUGUCAUGCUCAUAGGUGUAUCAAUCCGUGCCUAUCUGCAAACAUAUGUGGUAAUAACGCUGAAUGCCUAGUACGAAAUCAUAUUGGUGUGUGUAAAUGUAUACAAGGAUAUACAGGCAGCCCAUAUAUCGAAUGCAGACCUCAAAUUACAGCCGAAUGUUACGUAGAUGCAGACUGUCCAUCGAAAUUAGCUUGUUUGUCGGCUAAAUGUGUUAAUCCAUGCACAGCCUUACAACCUUGUACUUUACCUGCUCAAUGCGAAGUGUCCCCCACAUUACCUGUUCGAACUAUGCUUUGCUCCUGCCCACCUGGAUAUGUGAGCAGUGGAAAGGGCGUAUGUCGUCCAUCUACUCCAAUACAAGAAGCAGCUUGCGAGAUUGACAAUGACUGUACUUCUAACGACGCAUGUAUAUCAUCUGUUUGCAAGACCCCUUGUGAUUGCGGACCAAAUACCGAUUGUCAGAUAAGAGAUCAUAAACCGGUUUGUGCCUGUAGACCGGGCUUUAUUGGUGACCCUCGCACUGGAUGUUACGAUAUAAAAUGUCAGUCUAAUAGCCAUUGCGCAGACGAUGAAACGUGUAUCAACAACCGUUGUGUCCCUGCUUGCUCUGUGGAACCAGACAUCUGUGGACAAUCCGCUGAAUGUUACGGCGUUGAACAUCGAGCAUCUUGCCGUUGUAAAAUUGGAACUGUUGGCAACCCCGCCGUAGCCUGUUCACCUAUCAGCUGUCGAGCAAGCACAGAAUGUACGCCGGAUAAAUCUUGCAUCAAUUCCAAAUGUGUUGAACCUUGUACCGGCACAACGUGCAACGAGCCUGCCGAGUGCAAAGUACACCUUCACGAAGUAUAUUGUGUUUGUCCACCCGGUUUUGAAAGUACUGCAAACGGCUGCAACAAAACGGAACCAAAAUGUUCCUCUGAUAUAGAAUGUCCAUCAGGAACAGCAUGCAUAGGAUCAAAAUGUGUUAACCCUUGCUUAGAAGCGAAUCCAUGCGGAGUCAAUGCGGACUGUAAAGUCGCUGAUACUUUACCAGUAAGAACCAUGAUAUGCGAAUGUCUACCUGGCUAUAGAGGAUACGCUUUAGUAGAAUGCACACCAUAUAAACCACCCGGAACAAAAUGCGUGCAAGGUCAAGGCGUAGAUGUCACCGGCGAAUGUGUGCCUUGUUUAGAAUACGAAGGACGCGUGCUUGAUGCGCGAGGCCGAUGUGUGUGUGACAUUGAGCGCGGAUACAUGCUGCGCGGUAACGCUUGCGUGCCCGGCGGCUGCCGCGUCGACGACGACUGUGACAGUGCUUCCAGAUGUAUCAACGAACAAUGUGUGCCCGCUUGCGAAGCUGAGCCUUGUGGCCUCUUUGCGACAUGUGAAGCUGUUAACCAUCGCUCUCGCUGCACUUGUAUUACUGGGUAUAUCGGUAAUCCAAGAGUUCACUGCAAUUCUACUACUUCACCGAAUAUUACCAAUUACCGCACUGAUUUCCCACUGCCAGAAAUGCAGGUUCACUGUCUCGCAAACGGAGUCAGUGUAAGUCUUAAAAUUAAGGACUUCAAUGGAGUACUCUACGUGAAAGGAUACAGCAAAGACGAACGUUGCCGUCUCGUUGUUCAUACGACAGAAAAUCAAGAAAGACCUGUUGAUUUUACCGUAUUUUUCGGAGAUUGCGGAUUAGUACACGUAAACGGUUUGGCGAGCUUCGUCUUGGUAAUGCAGAAACAUCCGAAAUUAGUAACAUCUAAUGCUAAGGCCUUCCACAUAAAAUGCAUUUAUCAGACCGGUGAACAAAACGUAACGUUAGCGUUCAACGUAUCCAUGUUGACAACUGCCGGCACGAUUGCUAACACUGGACCACCGCCCACUUGUUCGAUGAGAAUUGUAUCGCAAAAUGGUGGUGAGGUCAAUUCUGCAGAAAUUGGAGAAAACUUAGUACUCCAAGUUGAUGUCCAACCAUCAAGCAUCUACGGUGGUUUUGCUCGCAGUUGUAUUGCAAAAACUAGCGAAGUUUCAACAAAUAUUGAAAACGAAUACACAGUUACGGAUGAAGAUGGUUGUGCCACCGACAAAGCCAUCUUUGGAGAAUGGGAACGAAACGAAGACGGUAGCGCACUGCGUGCGUCUUUCAAUGCCUUUAAAUUCCCUAGCAGCGAUAAUAUCAAAUUCCAAUGUAAUAUACGUGUCUGUUUUGGAAAAUGUCAACCGGUAAACUGUCGCGGAUACGAUGCGUUUGGUAAACGCCGUAAACGAGAAGCAAUCGAAACAGACGGUCCCCUGUCGGGACAACUUCGAGAGGAGGUGACAGUCGAGUCGAACCAGAUCCUAACACUCGACAGGCGAGAUCUGUCUCAAGCGGCUCCGCAGCGAGACGGGUCAGGAGCGUACGGCAGCGCGGGCGCCGGCAACGCGGGCGGCGAGGUGUGCGUGUCCGCAGCCGGCCUGGCCGUGGCGUUGGCGCUGACGGCGCUGCUGGCGCUCGUGGCGGUGGCCGCGGCGGUGGCCUGCUGGCUCGUGGCGUGGCGCCGAGCGCGGCCCGCGCCCGCGCCGCUGCCUCACCCGCCCGACUUCCCCAACCCGCUGUUCCAGCGCUGAGCAGUCUCCCGCUAGUCCUACGCCCCGCUCCUCCGCCGGCGCCGGGCGGUGUCGGCUCUUUCUCUCUCACUCACUCGGUUUAUGCGCGCCGCCGGAGGACCGCCGGGCGAGGGCGCUGCGAGCGCCGCGGCACCGUAGCCGCCUCCCUCGUUUGCGCUCGUAGCGCCCUGAAUUAGAAUACUUUAAUUUUAUUUUAUCUCUAUUAACAUAGAAUUGUCGCCUCCUCUGAAUUUUGUGAUAAUUAAUAAAUAUUCAACACCAUAUUUUGUAAAAUAAAUAUUGACUUUAGUUUAUAAGCAAUUAUUAAUAAAAUAAAAAAAUUAAAACAU